CUCCCUCUGGGCUUAUUGAGAGUUAUACCAAGAAAUUCAGUUCAGAGAGAGGAGAGGGAGAAGGAGAGAGGGGCAGAGGAGAAGGGAGAGAGGGAGAGCACGCGAGACGGAAAGGAGCGCCUCAGAGUCUCUGAAGCACGCAAGAGAUAACCGAUUAGGAAUUUUUCGGGCAACUGUCACCCGGAUAGCUGUCAGAGAAUCAUCAUCGCCGCAACUCUGACGUUUCCUACAAGAAGUUAGAGACUUAAGCAGUAUUGGCAUCGGAUGGAAAUGGUAUGCAUGCUGCUGUGGAAAAUAUCCCUGAGCUGAAGAAGUGCAACUGGAUGUUGUGUGUGUGCUAAAUGCCCAGAAAAACCCAGACCCAGUGGGUAAGAGAGACGAAAUGUGGAGAGAAUGACUAACGACAAAUCCGUGAAUUUGUUCUCUGGAGUUGCUAAUUUGCCAGCCCGAAGCAACACAUUUUACAAGGAGGAAACAUUUUGCUGCUUCUGAUUUCUCCCCAAACUGGUGCUACCAGAUGCAUGGCUUUCUAUGUGUUGGAACAAAUCAUUCCUAACUGCAGCAUACCGGGAAAGGGGAAAGGUUGAGGCAACUAACUGGCUGUCUCCAAAUAAGUGAUGAGAUAUAAUGCAUCCUCCAGUCCAUGCACGCUUCCUCUUGCAAUUUGUGCAUCAUUCCUCAGUGGAAACCUUUAAACCCUAAAAUCCAGGAAAAGAAAAUAAAUACAUUAUCAUGGACCUGAGGGAUUUUUACCUGUUGGCUGCUCUGAUUGCCUGUUUAAGGCUGGAUUCCGCAAUAGCUCAAGAACUUAUUUACACUAUUAGAGAGGAAUUGCCUGAAAAUGUGCCCAUAGGAAACAUACCAAAGGAUCUGAACAUUUCUCACAUCAAUGCUGCCACAGGGACCAGCGCCAGCCUUGUCUACAGACUGGUUUCUAAAGCUGGGGAUGCCCCUUUGGUGAAAGUAUCCAGCAGCACUGGGGAAAUUUUCACAACCUCCAACAGAAUAGACAGAGAAAAACUCUGUGCUGGCGCCUCAUAUGCUGAGGAGAAUGAGUGUUUCUUUGAACUUGAGGUGGUGAUCCUCCCCAAUGAUUUCUUCAGGCUGAUCAAAAUAAAAAUAAUUGUCAAGGAUACCAAUGAUAAUGCCCCCAUGUUUCCAUCUCCUGUCAUCAAUAUUUCCAUUCCAGAAAACACUUUGAUCAACAGCCGCUUUCCAAUUCCAUCAGCAACAGAUCCUGACACAGGCUUCAAUGGUGUACAGCAUUAUGAAUUGUUAAAUGGGCAGAGUGUUUUUGGACUGGAUAUCGUGGAAACUCCAGAGGGAGAGAAGUGGCCACAACUGAUUGUUCAGCAAAACUUGGAUAGAGAACAGAAAGAUACGUAUGUGAUGAAAAUCAAAGUAGAGGAUGGAGGCACUCCACAGAAAUCCAGUACGGCCAUACUACAGGUCACAGUAAGUGAUGUAAAUGACAACAGGCCAGUGUUUAAAGAGGGUCAAGUGGAGGUGCAUAUUCCAGAGAAUGCUCCCAUAGGUACCUCUGUAAUUCAGCUCCAUGCCACUGAUGCAGAUAUAGGCAGUAAUGCUGAAAUCCGGUACAUUUUUGGUGCCCAGGUCGCCCCUGCAACCAAAAGACUCUUUGCUUUAAAUAAUACUACUGGGCUGAUUACAGUUCAGAGGUCCUUAGAUAGAGAGGAGACAGCCAUUCACAAAGUGACAGUGCUGGCUAGUGAUGGCAGCUCCACUCCUGCUCGAGCAACGGUUACCAUCAAUGUCACCGAUGUAAAUGAUAACCCUCCUAAUAUAGACCUCAGGUACAUUAUAAGUCCCAUCAAUGGCACCGUGUAUUUAUCUGAGAAAGAUCCUGUCAAUACAAAGAUUGCCCUAAUUACAGUUUCAGAUAAGGACACAGAUGUGAAUGGCAAAGUGAUCUGUUUUAUUGAAAGAGAGGUCCCAUUUCAUUUGAAGGCGGUAUAUGACAACCAAUAUUUGUUAGAGACCUCUUCUUUGUUGGACUAUGAGGGCACCAAAGAAUUCAGCUUUAAAAUUGUUGCCUCUGAUUCUGGGAAGCCCAGUUUAAAUCAGACUGCCCUGGUAAGGGUUAAGCUUGAGGAUGAAAAUGACAACCCACCAAUUUUCAACCAGCCUGUAAUUGAGCUGUCAGUUUCUGAAAACAACCGACGUGGGUUAUACUUAACAACUAUUAGUGCCACAGAUGAAGACAGUGGGAAAAAUGCAGACAUUGUUUAUCAGCUUGGACCGAAUGCCUCCUUCUUUGAUCUGGACCGAAAAACAGGAGUUUUGACAGCCUCCAGAGUCUUUGACAGAGAAGAACAAGAACGAUUCAUUUUUACAGUAACUGCCAGGGACAAUGGGACCCCUCCCCUCCAAAGCCAAGCGGCUGUGAUUGUUACUGUUUUGGAUGAGAAUGACAAUAGCCCCAAGUUUACUCAUAAUCAUUUUCAAUUUUUUGUGUCUGAGAAUCUGCCAAAGUAUAGUACUGUGGGGGUAAUCACAGUGACAGAUGCAGAUGCUGGAGAGAAUAAAGCUGUGACUCUUUCCAUUCUAAAUGACAAUGAUAAUUUUGUGUUGGAUCCCUAUUCUGGAGUCAUAAAGUCAAAUGUCUCAUUUGAUAGAGAGCAGCAGAGUUCCUACACUUUUGAUGUCAAAGCCACUGAUGGAGGACAACCACCUCGUUCCUCUACUGCAAAAGUAACUAUCAACGUCAUGGAUGUCAAUGACAACAGCCCAGUUGUCAUUUCUCCACCGUCUAAUACUUCCUUUAAGUUGGUGCCCCUCUCAGCCAUUCCUGGCUCCGUGGUAGCAGAAGUUUUUGCAGUGGAUGUUGACACUGGAAUGAACGCUGAACUAAAGUAUACUAUAGUGAGUGGAAACAAUAAAGGCUUAUUUCGGAUUGAUCCAGUAACAGGUAACAUUACUCUGGAAGAAAAACCAGCACCUACUGAUGUGGGAUUGCAUCGUUUGGUGGUCAACAUAAGUGACCUGGGGUACCCUAAGUCUUUGCACACGCUUGUGCUUGUAUUCCUUUAUGUUAAUGACACUGCUGGAAAUGCCUCCUAUAUCUAUGACUUGAUCCGCAGGACUAUGGAGACCCCGUUGGACAGGAACAUAGGGGAUAGUAGCCAACCCUAUCAAAAUGAGGACUAUCUAACCAUCAUGAUUGCCAUCAUCGCCGGUGCCAUGGUGGUCAUCGUUGUGAUCUUCGUCACCGUUCUGGUGCGCUGUCGCCAUGCAUCAAGGUUCAAAGCAGCUCAGAGGAGCAAGCAAGGUGCCGAAUGGAUGUCCCCAAACCAGGAGAACAAGCAAAACAAGAAAAAGAAAAGAAAGAAAAGGAAGUCUCCCAAAAGCUCUCUUUUGAACUUUGUUACUAUCGAAGAGUCCAAACCCGAUGAUGCAGUUCAUGAACCUAUCAAUGGGACAAUAAGCCUGCCGGCUGAACUGGAGGAGCAAAGUAUAGGAAGAUUUGACUGGGGCCCGGCACCUCCAACAACAUUCAAGCCUAACAGUCCUGACCUGGCCAAGCACUACAAAUCUGCUUCUCCACAGCCUGCUUUUCAUCUCAAACCAGACACUCCAGUUUCCGUGAAAAAGCACCACGUGAUUCAGGAACUCCCUUUGGACAACACCUUUGUCGGAGGUUGUGACACCCUUUCUAAACGCUCUUCCACUAGUUCAGAUCACUUCAGUGCCUCAGAGUGCAGUUCCCAAGGAGGCUUCAAGACAAAGGGCCCCUUACACACCAGACAGUGUAACUCACACAGCAAAAGUGACAAUAUUCCUGUCACUCCUCAGAAAUGUCCCAGCUCCGCGGGUUUCCACAUUCAGGAGAAUGAAGAAAGCCAUUAUGAGAAUCUUAUGCAUGAGAGAGAAAGAGAGAUUCUGGGGCCAAAACCACCAGGAGAUCCAUAUGCCACAGGUCAGACAUCGAGUUUGAAAUUGAAUAUUAUAAUUUUGUUUUUAAACUUUAUGAAAUAAGUAAUGGAUUUUAUGAGGGAAUUGAACGGAAGGACUAAAGACACAGUUUAGAUGAUGAUCGGCAAGUCAUACAGUGAAAUUAAUGUCUUGCAACCUGAGGAUGAGGACAAUUUUUAAUGGAAUGUAAGAGAGUAGAAUAGAAUAGGUUGUAUAGAAUAGAAAAAAAUAGGUUAGAAUGGAAUAGCAUGAGGAAACAAUGGCAACGUGAAAAAUUAGAAGAGAAUAAAACAUAUUAGGUUAUGUUAGAGUGCAUCUCAUAUAGCAUAGUUAAAUAUUAUUUCAGUUAAACUUUUAGUUGUAUAUGUUAUUGUGUGCACAUGUGUUUUUAUUGCAUCUCAGUGUGGGUUGAUCAUUGUAAGUCAAGGUCCAAAGUUUGAAAACCACUGACAAAAAAAUAGCUCAUACUUAUGUACCGCUUCUUAUUUAUCAUAUAUUUCUUUAAAACCCUUUGAUUGUAUUGAUUAAACUAAAGGUAAAAUCUCCUAUGGCUUCUUAUUUAUGGUUGAAUAAGUGAAGGCAUCAAGAGAUGACCUGUAUAGUCAUUUAGCAGAUAAAGGGCUGUGCUGGAUUAAACCCCAGAUAAGCUGUGCUCUUAGCCACUAAUCUAAGGCUUCUGACAAAAAUGGCAGCAGACCCAGGAUUGGAGAGGAGCCCUCUGAUUCACAGUGUAAUACAAUACUGUUUUACUUAAUCAGUUACCUCUUCUGUUAGACCAAAUCCCAAUCCUAAAUCAGAAUUUAUUGAUAUAUGUUUCAUGGAUUAUUUGUUGGGACUAAAUGAAGUUGAGAAGGUUCAUCCUCCAUGCAUUCAACCGGUGAUUCGCAAUCAGAUUUACAUAAACAUGCAUUUAACAAACUUAACGUAAAUUAAUCUAUUUACAUUUGUUUAACCCACUCACUUGUAAAAUUAUUUGAUUAUAAAUGAUACUCAAAGAACACAUAUUCCAUACAACUUAUUUUGGAGAAUGCUGGCCUAGGUCAUGCAUGAUCCUAUAUGAUUAAACAGAUUUUCUAAUAUUAUAAUCAAGAUUCUUAAAAUUUAAGUACAGUUAAUCCUCCAUUUUUAAACAACAUGCAAAUCAGAAAUUUAAAAAAGACACGAAUAUAUGAUAUCAAAGAUGUGCUUGUAUGUAUGUGUACAUAUUAUCUGCACACUUGUUAUGAAAGAUGUAAGGGUAUUUUUUAAAGUCCCUGCUUCUACCUUGUAUUUUAGAUAUAAUCUUCAAAAUAUAUGCCCAGCAUAUUAUUUUCAAAUGAAUAUUCAUUCAAAUAGCAGAAGCCCAAAGACUUUCUUACACAGCCUAAAGCCUUCCUGAUUUUGGUAUUGUUUCCCUUUAUAAAAUACCUUUUUUUAAAGAGACUUACAUGUCUUAUUACAAGUAUGAUAUCUUACUUUUUUCCAUUCAUGCCAAUAUUUAAAAAAUAAGAUAAACAUAAUUUUUCUGGUUUCUAAACACUUUACAAUGUAGCAAAGCCCAAAUUCUGUGAUAUGUUGCAAUGAUUGCACAAAUACUGCUCUAUAGUGAAGAAUGACACAUAUGUAGCUAAAUUUUGGAUGUCAGGCCACUCCAGCUUCACUGUUAGGUAAUGUAUAAAAGCUUGAAUUUUGCAUAAAAUGGACAUCUUAUUAUGGACAUUCUAUUAAUUGUAACAUAUUAAACGUACAUUUUAUAUGGUUUAAAGUAUAUUUGGUAAAGGUAACUACUUAUAUAUAUAUAUCUACUUACAUUACCUGUGUGUGUGUAUAUAUAUAUACACACACACAUAAUAUAUAUAUAUUAUAUAUACACACACACACAUAACAUAUAUAUAUACACACACACAUAAUGAGGAGUAUACACACACACACACACACACAUAUAAUGUAAGUGGAUUCACAGUGGCCACUUUUAUUAAAAACUAGCUAGUUAGAUUCAUAGGGUAAUAUCAGAGGAGAGGAAAAAAUAUUAUUUAAUUGAUACUUUAUUAUAAUAUUUCAAGUUUUAAUAGGCCACAUCAUUUAUUUCCAACUUCAAAUUGGAAUAAAAGUGAGAGGAAUGCCAGCACAAACUGUUUUAGAGUCUGUUUUCUAGCUACAGAAGGUGAAGGGCCCUGAAAUCCAGGACUCACAUUCUCUCAAAUAAUUCAACUCAGUGCUGGAGUCUAAAGAUGAUACAAAAAGCAAAACAAAACAUAAAACAAAACAAAACAAAAAUAGAAUACAUGUAGAGUUUAUAGUGAAUUAUAAAAUAAUGAAGUUCACUCAUUUAAAAUAUACUAAAUAUGUGAAUUUAGUCCACAUGCAGAAAUGGUGCUUUUUAAAAAGCAUACGCUGGGGAAGAUGUUUAUACUUUUUGAAACUGAUCUCAUAGUCUAAUACUAUUCUAUUGCUGUAUAAUUAUUUCCAUAUUUAUCCCUGGAAGCCAAGCUACUUUUAAAUGCUCUUUCUGGCUAAAUUAUGUCAGUUUUGACUCAAUAGGUAUUUAGGACAUAACAUCUAUCUAAAAUGAACAGCUAGGAUACAAUUUCAGCAAAUCUUAUAUUACUAUUUAGUUUUAAGCAAUUUGUAGGCAUGCAUUUUUUCCAAAAUUUCACAGGAUGUUUAAUAUUUUUUCUAAAGUGGUGGUUGGUUUGUUCAUUCAUUUAUCCGCCUAGUUAUAUAAGAAGCAUUUCUGCUGAGGCCAUGGAAAGGAAAAAGCAAGAACCAUUUUGGUGAGUCCAAUCUUGAUUCAGAAUGUAUUUAGAAAACAUAAUAUGAUAGUAAUAUCUUAAAUAAGACAAAUAUUGAUACAAUAAGGACAGCCAAAUUUAUAUUCAAGAUAUGGAUUGGAAAAAUACAUAAACAAAUGGUGGUAGUUUACAAUAUAAUACUAUGCAGCAGUAAAAAGAAACCACUGACACAGGCAAUACCAUGGAUGAACCUCAACACUAUCGUGCUAAGUGGAAGAGAAAAAAACAAGCAGACACAGAAGGCUAUAUGCUGCAUGAUUUUAUUUCUGUGACAUUCUGGAAAAGGCAAAGUGAUAGGGACAUAAAUCAGAUAGGUGGUUGCCAGGAACUGGGGAUUGAAGGAAGGCAUUAAGUACAAAGGGGCACAGAGGAAGUUUUUGAGGCAAUAUAAAUGUUCCAUAACUUGAUUGUAGUGGUGGUCUAUCAAAGAAAAUUUACACUGACAGAGUUAAACAGACAAGGAAGAUUUUAUUCAAGACUACUGCAAUAGAUGAGAGAGGGGGAACUGAACUCAAUCGAAACAAAAGGCAGGAGAGUUUUUAAGCUCUUAAACUAGUGGAAAAAUAUUGGAGGCUAUUAGGUGAUAGAUUGGUCAAUGUGAUUAGGCCAUCUGAGCUUGCUAAUUGCCUUUUUAUAAAAGUUCGGCUCUUGCCUUCUCACUAAGACUAGGAGAUAGGGGUGCUAUCUUUCUUGAUGAAUUCAUUUCAAAGGGAUGACUUCCAGGUACUUGAGAAAGACCAUCCUCAUUUGUAAAAGUGGCAAUCAGCAACUUCUCAAAAGAGCAGAGAAAGAAUUUACAAUUGCAAGUUUUCUAGAGUAAAUGCCUUAACCAAAAAAAAAAAAAAAAAAGUUCAGAAGUCUACAGUUAGGAGGAAGUUUGUCUAAAGUUUAGUCAAGCUAAGCAGAAGGUUAAGAGUGUCUUAGUCAGGUUCCAUGACUACAUGUGUUUUUCAGAACUCAUAAAAUUACUCCUAAAAGGUUGAAUUUUACUAUAUGCAAAUGAUAACCCAAUAAACCUGACAUUUUAAAAAGUGUAGCUAGGAAAGAUGUCAUUAUUGUCAGAGAACAAGAGCAGUAGAAUAAUGACGCUAUGCAGGAAGAGAAAAGUAAGAUUAUCACCCUAGAGAAUGAAUUUUUUCUUUUCCAUGUAGAGAACAUCUAAUAUCUUUCAUUAGUGACAUGAUAAUUUACAAACCUAAUAUUUUGCCAGAUACCCGGGCUCUGCUAAGAAAUACAAAACAGAGACCAUCGUUGCUAUAGAUAAUAAAAUGGGUUUGCUUGCAUUUCUUUUUGUUUACUGAAUUGUUAAGAAGAGCAAGAAGCUGUUACCCAGAGUAAUGUAUUUGAUUAAAAUCAAUACACCAAUACAUCCAAAUGCUAUCCCCAAACUCAUCAUCCCCAUGGCUUCACAGAAUUGAAGCAAUUGUCCUAUUUUUUCGCCAACAAGCGAUGUACAUAGGUAAAAAACAUCUCAGCAGGAGUGAACUUUGCUUUAUUGAAUUGUGCCUCUUUCUCAAAAUGCAAUAGUACAGUGGCAGAAAGAGAAAAGAGAGGUUCUGUAUUUUGACUCUAUACUGCUGAAUGCUUCAUUUUAAUUCUAGAACCAGAGAGUGUUUAUUCUCCUGGUAGUAGCAGUCGGAGGGCAAAGUUCUCAUUUUUACCAUGGAGUAAGUGAUAAGGAGUUGGGAGCAGGGAACCAAGAUCUCCAGGGGACAGUAUGCUUUAUGUAUCUUAUUAACAGGAAUCAUAAAUGUUUCUCCUCCACUUGAGUCACUUCAUUGAAAAUACAAAAAGCUCAUUUACCAGCACCCAUGGGCAUAAGAAUCAUAGAAGCAAUCAAUUAACACAAAUACUUUCCCUCUGAAGCUCGCUCGUGACCUUGAGAUAUGUGACGAAUGACUUAAAGAAUGAAACAGAUAGAAGUUUCGUGCUAAACCAAAAAAAUUAUGUUCUUCCACAUGUUGAAGAGAAAUAAAAUGGAGAAAGCUAGAUAUAUGUUUAGUUUAAAUAAGACCCAAUAAAUUCUAUAACUGCUUCGUGUGGCUUUGGCCUUGGAUCAGAGGUACUCAGUCUAUACAGUAAUCAGGACUUUCUCAAUACACCUCAGCCUGUUACAGUUCUUACCACAUUUACUUUCUCAAUACGAUAGUACUUUACAGCUAUCUACUCGCUUAUGGCCAGAGUUCCUAGCAGUUAUUGAUAACCAGACCAUAGACUUUGUAUCUCAACCAGCACAGGCAGGAGGAAGGCAAUCAGCACAGUGAAUUUCCUAACCUGGAUCUAUCUUCCUGAAAGUUGAAGAUGAUGACUAACUUCUACAAUUGAGCUUGUGAUUCUCACUGUGGCAAAACUUCUUAUGUCAUUUUUAUUUUUAGCUCUUUGGCACAAUUAUAGAAAAUUAUUGUAGGAAAAUCACAGCUUCUGUAAAGAGGAGCCCUGACUGCUUUUAAGAGCUUCUGAAUGUUGGGAAAGCUCACAAGCUCUGUGCAGUGCAUUUCUUUGUAGAGAAAGGCAGAUAAAAAUUUGUUUACUAAAAGAAUGAAGUAAAAUUGCAUGAUACUUUCAGAUUGUCUUUCCUGUUCUCUGCCUCCUUUUUCUGAACCCUGCCUUUUCUGCCCUUUGCCUCAGCUGAUAUUAAAAAUGUCUACUCUUCUAAGGCCCAUCUUUCUCUUCAAAAAUCACUUUUCUGUGAUCUACCUGCCCAUUUUCUUUCCUCUUUUUAAAAUUUUCUUUUUAUUUAUUUAUUUUUUGGGGGGACAGGAUGAUAUUUAUUUUUUAUUUUUUUAUUUAUAUUUUAUUUUUUUCUGUCACCCAGGCUGGAGUGCAGUGACGUGAUCAUGGCUCACUGCAGCCUCUACUUCCUCGGCGCAGGCUCAAGCAAUCCUCCCACCUCAGCCUCCCGAGUAGCUGGGACUGCAAGUUUGUGCCACCACACCCAGCUAAUUAUUAUUUUUUAAAUUUUUUGCAGAGAUGAAGCCUCACUAUGUUUCCCAGGCUUGUCUUGAAUUCCUGGGCUCAAGUGAUCCUCCCACCUCAGCCUCUCAAAGAGCUGCUAUCAUAGGCACGAGCCACUGGACCUGGCUGGUGGUCCAUUUUUUUGAGUGUGCAGCAGAACUAAUCUUGGGGAACAUAUAGUUGAUGAGAAUGGCAAUUUUGAUUAGCCAGUUUCCCAUUUCACUCUCACUGAGAUGCAAGUGAGUAAAAUGAGUUAGCAUAAUAGCCAGAGGUGUUUGCAAGCUGAGUUCAGUAAAACCAUGUCACAGUAAUUUGAUAUAUCAUAGAGUGACUUUUCAAAAACUAGAAAAUAUGUGGAUAAAAUUUCAGAAAACUACCUAUAUAACAAUAUACCUUUAUCGUCCACAUUAUGCAUAUGAUCAUCCCUUGAUUUAAAAGCAAUAUUAUGACUUUUAGGUUCGUAACAAUAGACUUUUUUAGAUAUCCUUGUUAUGUGGAAAAAUGACAUUAACAUUUUGCAAUCAGGUUUUUUUAAGUAGCUUUAUCAAUAUGAGUAUGCUUUAACUUCUAAAUUAGUGCCUAGUUUAUUUACAAUACCAGAGAUGGUGUGAAAUAAAGAUAUGAAUGGAAGAUCUCAGCAAUAUUCUAUAACAUAAUUCUUACAUAAUAUUCACUUCUGAAUGUAUAUUAGUAAUUAGCGCAUUAAUACUAACAUAGCUAGUGCUUAAGUAUAGCAGCAGCUAGUGGUGAUAGUACUUUCCGUGAUUUCAUAUUGUUGUAAGUGCAUGCUGUUUAUGAGGGCACUCUAUAGUUGCAAAUUAGUUCAUUCUUUGUUUGAAAAUUUCAAAAUGCCUUUACUAACAUCUCCACAUUAUACAAAUAUACUUGUGUUUCCUUUCCUACUUUGUUUGUUAAAAAAAAUCUCUGCUGUAGAAAAUAGAACGUAGCAUUUUUUUUUCUAGGGCAGAAUGCACGUCUCCGUUUUUAAUGCAUGAGCAGGCGUUUUGGUUCAUUAAGCUCAGUGGCACUGAUAGUAAACUAAAGAGGAAUGAAAGGAAGAGGAACUGAAAUACCAUCAUCCCACUAAUGAUACUGAAGCUGCUCAGCUUUAUUGGGAGACUGCCCAGACAUUCACUAAUAGAAGGCAUGGUCCAGGAUGUGAACUUGGUGAUGCGGUGCCAAAAUUGCAAAUCCAGAAAAAAAAAGGCAUUGCUAGAAGAUUUUCUGGAAUAAUUUAAUGAAUUGUCUAGAAAUACAGGGUGUGUGUGUGUGUGUGUUAUUAUAUUUGUUGGUGGGCGAAUUAGAGAGAGAGCGAACACAAUAGAAUAGAGAAAGGUUAAAAGAAAUAAUGAGAUCGGGGAGUAUUCAGUUACCUCAAGGCUGUGUUAAAUAAACACAGCAAUUCUAUCACAAAAGUAUAUGUAUCUCAGAGUCCAUGAAUUGUAGAAUAUUCAGAUAGUUUGGUGUCACUUUAUAAUUUGGAGAAUUUAGCUCCUGAAUGUUAAAUAAUUUUGAAAAACAUCUUUCUUUUAAAGAAGGGGCUAGAAUGCCUGCUUCUUCAGAUACCCACACACAUCCAUAUCACAUUGCUACUUAGCUGUUUACUGAUACCUAGUUAUAAUAAUUAACAUUAUGAUUUCUUUCAUAGAUGAAUAUUAUUGUUCCAAGUUCACCCCUGCAAAUGAGGGAGUAUACAGAAAUGUACCCUUUCAAGCUGGAAGGAAGAAAACAGAUUCUCUGUUCAAAUUGGGCUUAUGCCCAGUUUGAACAGAGAAUCACUCAGCUGUGGAUGGUAGCUUUCGUGGCCUCUGGCUAACACAAACUCCUCAGUGGCUUUUCAAAGCCACUUAGAAUCAAGUUCCAGCAAGCUCAAAGUAGAAGCUGCAGCUGCAGACACUGAGGAACACCUAUGUAGCCUAGACUCAUGCUCACAGCCCCCUUUCUGAUUUUAACUCUGCUUGUUUUGCACGGGAGAUUGGAAGGUAAAUAGAGAAGGGGUGUUUCUUUCACCCAAUUUUCUCUUCCUUUUCUGCAACCCCUCAGGGUGAGCUAAACCUUUUGGAAAUUGGUCAGUUAUACUCUGAAAAACACAGAUCAGAGAUUGAGCUUAGUGACCUCUUUGCCCUUUAAAAAAGAGCCAAACAGAGAAUUCCCUUUUAUAAGUUUAAUGGCCCAACAAAGGCAAAUGAAUUAACAGAACAAAAACAGUAAGAAGGUCAGUUGUGAUCACUGUACCUGAGUUCAUGUUCUCCAUUGAAACGUGGUGUGAAAAUCGAUCCAUGGUUAAAGCUUUUCCUGCUGAGGAGACUUCACUAAUGAGAAAAAAAAUGGUAUUUUAUUAAAAUACCAGAGGAUCCUAUGGGGUAGAGCAUGAAACAUAUGGAAAACACGGAGGAAAAAUCUAGCAGAGAUAUCCUUAAAUACAAAUUAGUUUUUAGAUAAAGAAAACAGUUUCGUGAGAAGAAGUAUAAGCUAUUUCUGGGUCUAAGGUAUUUGGAGCCCAGCAGAGAUCUCCAUUUACUAUCAGUGGUAUUACAAUUCUUCCAUUCUAUUUCAAGUUUUAUUCUUAUAAGUUUCAAAAUAAAUAUAGAGGAGAAAUUAAGUUUUACCAAGUAGGAGACUAAAAGGCCUUUAUUAAACUAAAAGCAUCUUAGAAUUCAGUAACAUCAGCUAGUGAAUUGGAACAUUAGCUAGUUUGGCAAUAUAAAUGCAUAAUCCCAAUUGUUACUUGAACUCUUUCUCUCUUUCUCAUAAAGAAUUCAAAAUCUUAAAAAUAUUCUAUAAUAUAAAUUAUUGUUUUAUAUCAUCAUGGCUCAAAACUAAGUACAUUUAAUACAGAAUAACCCAGCUAAUUAAGUAUAUUGUUUUAAUCUUCAAUUUAACAUACAUGUACUAGCAUAUUGCUUAUCUACUGCUACACAUAUAUAUUUUCCUAGGCAUUUUAGAGAUACAUAUUUAUUGAAUUCCUAACUCCUACACUCAUGUUUUCUAGAGCUUGAGACAGAUCCUACACAUACAUCUUCAUUGCCACCCAUUUUGAACUGUAUGCUGUAACAGGGCAAAAAGUUGGAAGAAGAGUAGAAGUUGAGAUAGAUUCAGGCUGAUAUAUCAAGGAGUGUCUCAAGGAAAUUGUGUAAUUUGAGCAGAACAUCAGAGAGUACUAGGAGAGCAUCAGAAGAUUAGAGCUUAAUCAGGAAAAAAAAUAUCAUGGGAGUAGUACCGUCUAGGCAAAUGACAUAGCAAAAGUGAGGGGCAGAGGAUGGAAAAAUUCAGGGUAUAUUGUGGUACAGGGAGUACACUAUCAGGAGAGAGAAAUUUUAAUCAAUUUUAUUGCUGAUAUGAAUUUGUAAACCAGAAAUAAUAUUCAGGCAGUAAAGACUUACUGAGAUAGGCAGUAAUAGAAUAUAAGAAUAUAAAUGCUUUAAAAUAUUUUUGAGAGACACAGUAUGUAACUUGUCAUUUUUUUGUAGUUCCCUAAAUUUAUCGUAAAGAAAAUUUCUCUUUCAUGCAGUAAUGUUUUGGGAGAUGAAAAAGAAGAUAAAACUUAAAUCAAUUAGAUUCAUUUGGCAUAUCUCCUUUCUUUCCUUUUCUUCUUCCUCAAAGGUAUCUCUUCUAUUUGAAUACCUUAAAAUGCUGCAAACUUGGUCAGUCCACAGAAUCAUUUAUGGUCUGACCAACUGUCAGUAUGUUAGCUAAUAAAAAUAUUAUAAUGUAGGAAAGCCAGUCUUGCUUUGGAAUCCUUUUCUUAUGCUAUUUUUCCUUUUACCUUCUGCUCCUUCAAAAUGAACAUCACCACCACCAACUCAGUCUCUCAACAUACAUCUACAGAAAAUCAGCCUAACUCACAAGAUUCUUUCAAUACUGCAAAGACUUUGGAUGGCUUGGUGAGUGCAGGACAUUACACUCACACAAAUUAAGAAUCAGAGACAAAGUUAAAAUUCCUAACAGCGAUGUGCUAAUUACUAUAUUGCAGAUGCUAUGGGAAUACACAGAAACAAUUGGAUUCUGAUAGAGGCCAAGUUGAAGAACCAGUAGUGGAUGAAUUUUAAGAACUAUCUUAAAUAAUGACCAGAAAUUCAGUAGGUGGGAAAUUAAAAGCAAGAACGCUUAAAGUGGCCAGGCACGGUGGCUCAUGCCUGUAAUCCCAGCACUUUGGGAGACAGAGGCAGGCGGAUCACUUGAGGUCAUGCGUUCAAGACCAGCCUGGCCAACACAGUGAAGCCAUCUCUACUAAAAAUACAAAAAUUAACUGGGCAGGGUGUGUGCCUGUAGUGCCAGCUACUCAGGAGGCUGAGGCAGGAGAAUCGCUUGAACCUGGGAGGCAGAGGUUUCAGUGAGCCAAGAUCAUGCCACUGCACUACAGCCUGGGCAACAGAGUGAGACUUGGACUCAAAAAAAAAAAAAAAAUGAAUGCUCAAGAUGAAGGGAACAACAGACAACAGGUUAGAAAUGAAGGAGCUAAGGUGUAAGCAUGCAGUUGUGUACAGGAGAAGAGUGAGCACUUCUCAAACAAUGUCCAAUGAGAAGGUGUUCUGUGGAAAAGCAGCAGCGACAAACAAGCAAACACAAACACAAAAUCCUAACACAGCCACCAUAUCAUAGUGUAACAAAGGCAAAUAUUAAAAACCCCAGGUUUCUUUCUUGAAGGCCUUUUUUUAACUCCUUUAAUAAACUAAUGUAUUUUAUUACUCUCUCAUAAAAGGAGCAUUCCCUCAUUAAAGAAAUGGUUGUGCUUAGAACCAUUAUUUCAAGGGGUGUUUAAUGGGACUGGUAGUCCAUGGAACACAAUGUGAGAAAGGCUGAGUUAGAAUAUCUUCAGUCAGCAAAUGAAAUAUGGCUGUUUUGUUAGAGAAAGGGAGACAGAGGUAUUCUACAUUCAUUGGAUACCUGAAAAUGGGACAUAUUCUUUCAAACAAACAAAUGCACACACACACACACAUUAGUGCUGAUUAUACAUCCGGCAACACACCUGUGACACUGUAAGCUCAUGAAAAAUGAGUUAAAACCCAGCCUUAGUCUCUAUGUAACUCACAGCUGUGUUCAAGGUUUAAAAAGGAGUUAAAUUAUUAUUUUCACCUCUAGAAAUAAUUGAACAUUCGUAGGUAGCAUUUGAUCAGAUCCUUAGAGGUGAUGUAGAUAUAUAUAAAGGGAUUUCUAGGCAGAGGAAAAAACAUAAAUCAAAGUUUGUCCAGGGCUUCAGGGGGUGGUGAAGAACCUUGGUUUGACUGAAUGUGUGCAGCAUGUGUUGAAAAUAAAAGAUGAGAAAAAUGAGAAAAAGCAUUUAAUUUUAUCUGGACACUGAAGGACACUGAAUGUCAUGAUAAGGACUUUGAAAGUCAUUCUCUAGAUAGUGUGAAAUUGUGAGUUUGUGAAUUGUGACAUCAUAAAAAGGAAGAAAUGUGGAGGACUUCACGAGGUCAGUAUUAUUUAUCUUCAAUUAAGAUAAUGUGGGCUGAUAGACCUUAUGCACUGAGGUAUUUUGUGGAUGACAGUUUUGUUUCAUGAGAUUUAUAUAUUUGUAAAAGUCCUCCUAUAAAGGGACUUCUUUCCCAUUAACUUGUGUCAUAGUAAAAAAGUAGUUGCUGAUACCUUGGAUUUAAACCAGUGAACACAUUGCCAUUGAGUGGCUGCUUUGUGAGUAUGUUUUGAUGGCAUACAAAAUUCAAUUUGUAUUAAAUUUAUCAAAGUGAUAGUCUGAUUGAGGGUAAGUUAUACUUACAUAUAUGACAUUUGGAGGGCAACUAUAUGCUAUAUUGAAUGGAAUUAAAGUAUAAAUACAAUGAAUUUAGAGUACAGGAACAAGAAGGCAACAAAAUUAAAAAAUGGAAAAAACAGAGCCAAGUUUUGAUGGAGGAAGGAAAUUUGGAAAGGUAGAGAGGAACCAUUAAGUUAAGCUGGAAGGAGAAAGCAGGAGCAAAACUGUGGCAUAAAGUUUUAUUGCAUCAUUUGCCUGGCAUUGGAGAGGAAGAGGCAGGAUUCUGACAUCACAAAUAAAUAUUAUUUAUGGAGGAGAAGUUCAUUAAGGACAUAAAAGGCACAUUAUGACAAUCAAGCAUUUCAAUUUAGACCAAGAGUAGAAUAUUUUUAGGUUUUUGAAAAUGUUAACCAGAGUUUCUCCAUGGCACAUGAGAUAAAUGUUAGUUUCAGAAAUGAUGACAUUACCACAAAGAGAACUUCUGAGACACCAGUGUUCCACAAAAAUAGAACACAACUUGUUUUUGAAUUUAGCGGCUUGGCUCUCUAGCCCAAGUAUUCAAUACAAUAGUAAGUUACAUUUACACAAGUGUAAAUUUACUUCAAAGAGAGGAUUGUGUUAUACUCAGAUUUAAUAGUUUAUACAUAAAAUAAUGUCACUACUAAAUUAAGAACAGGUCAUGUAUUUUUAAAGUGUUGCUUAAGGUUAUCUUAGAUAAACCUAUAAAGUUCUCCUGUUCUACCUCCUUAUAACACUAGAGAUAUUUCCUUCCCCAAAUUCCAUAUACACACUGUUUUAUUUCUUUGUCCCAUUUCUAUGGUUAUGAAUUCAAGAAUAUACACAAAUUAGAUAUUUAUAGAAGGCAUUGAAAAUAACUCUGGAGUUUCAGAAAUAGAAUUCUAUAAAACAUAUUAUUUUCCCACACCUUGUACAAUAACCCAUUGUAAAUGAUUUUGUUAUUUUAUUUUGUGAAAUAUCUUCAAGUAAUAUGCUUCAGAAUCAUAUAUUAUUAUAUAUCCCUUAUUGAAUGAUAUGAUUUGGCUUGGCAUCCCCAACCAAAUCUCAUCUUGUAGCUCCCAUAAUUCCCAUGUGUUGUGGGAGGGACCCAGUGGGAGAUUAUUGAAUUAUGAGGGUGAGUCUUUCCUGUGCUGUUCUCUUGAUAAUGAAUGGGUCUCACAAGAUCUGAUGGUUUUAAAAAGUGGGAGUUGCCCUGCACAAGCUGUGUCUUUGACUGCCACCAUCCAUGUAAGAUGUGACUUGCUCCUCCUUGCCUUCUGCCAUGAUUGUGAGACCUCCCCAGCCACAUGAAACUGUGAGUCCAGUUAAACCUCUUUCUUUUGUAAAUUGCCCAGUCUUGGGUAUGUGUUUAUUAGCAGCAUGAAAACAGACUAACACUAAUAUAAAACACUUCCCUAACUCAUAAAUCAAAACUGCAAGUUAUAAUAUUUCACUAAUAGUUCAGUUAACUGCAUUUAGUAGAUCACUAUUACAUAGAUGGCUGUCUAACUACUACUAGCUGACAACCUAUUAUUGUCAGGUAUAUCUGAAAUACUUUGCAUGAAUUAUUGAAUUAUCUCAUUGAAAACUCAAAAUGUAUUAACAUCUUUCAUUUUUUACCCAGGAGAUCACUGAGGUGUAAAAGGUGUAGUAAUUUGCCCAAGGUCAUACAACAGGAUUGGAGUUGGGAUUUGAAUUGUGCCUGUAGAACCUGCAAUUGUUACCACAACAUCACACUCAAUAUUAUCAGAAAUUUUCUAGCAAUAAGCAAUUGCUCUCUAGUUAAUUUUUUGAAUUAUUAUGACAAGUUAAAGGAAAUAACCUAAUAUGUUCCUUGAUCCUAGUGCCCAUUCUAUGCCUUAUUUAUAUCAUGUCAAUGAAAUACACUGUGAGUUAAUUCUUCUCAUGUUGCAGCUAAGAAUCCCUUUUUCUUGCAUAGACCUAAGAAGGGAGUCAGACCUUGAGACAGUUUAAGUCAAUUAAGAUUAUUCAUAUUGGGACUAGAAAAUAUUAAUUGAUAGAGGCUGGGAAAGAUACUUGAAUAAAAUCAGAUUUUUUUUUCUUUAAAUGUAAGCUGGUUUUCCUAUCCAGAAAUGUAAUUAUUUAUUUUUCUACUAUUUUUCUGUAAACCAACAAAGUUUCAGAAUCUUUCUGCUAAUGAUUGCCUGUUUUUAAUUACUAAGAAUAGACCAUCCCAUUUGAAAGGCACUUGUCUCAUCCCUCAUCAAUUCUCAUCUAUUUUGAAGUUGUUGCUAUUCACAAAUGAUGAUGUCUUAUGCUUGAACUUCAUAGGAUGAUUGUACCCAGGGGCUUUUUAGGCAGCUGUGUUUAGUGUCUCAUGGAUAUCAAAAGUAAUGCCCUCACCAUAGCUUCCUAACAAAGUGCUAGUUAUAUAGUAAGUACUAUGAAUCCAAGCAGUGUUUUAUCAUUAUUGCACUUACUUUGAUUUAUUCUUUUGUACUUCAAUAGCACAAUGCAGCCAGCCUCUUGUUUGUUCUAUUCACUGCAGCUAUGCAUUGAGUUGAGUGCUUUGCAGCUAUUCUUCCUUCCAUAAAAACAUCUUCUUUCUUGUCCUGUACCCUGGAGCAUUUUUUGGAUUUGCUUAUAUUCCUUCUGUUUGUGUGUUGGUUCCAGGAUUUGUUUGCAUUCAUUUGUAAUAAACUGUUUUUUUUUCUUGUCUUCAAGCCAAGUUACUAAAAUUAUUUAAAUGUGUCAGUAAUGUCUAAAGGAUGUCUUAUUUCAUUUCCUGUUCUGCUUUUUAAUUUUAUUGUGUUAGGAAUUUUUCAACCUAUUGUAAAUUUAAUUUGAAUGAUUUUUCAUUCAAUUAGACAUUUGUCGUGUUGUCUUACAAAUGCGUUUUUGAGAUUUCCUUUCAUUUUUUUUUCAUAUCUCUAGGUCUGGACAAAAUGAGUAGAGCCAUUUUUUGUCAAAGAUAUCUUUUAGUUGAGGUUAUUUUUAACAGAACAAGGUGAGGAAAUAUACUUCUUUCAUUUGUGCUAUUUAUACAUAAUUAAUCCUAAAUUGCUAUUUGAUAUUUGGAAGUGCAUUAGUUUCUUUUCCAAAGCUAUCAUGUCAUCUGUAAUGAUGUGUAUGUAUGUCCAUCUUAUAGAAGAAAAAAAAUGGCAGCCAACCACUGGGGACUACAAGGAAAGCAAUCAUAUUUAUUCUGCCAGGCUCCCUCAUUCUAGGCAUAUUGUUUUUUUUAAUCAUCUUUUUUCAAUAUAAGAAUACAUUUUAGAGUAGAGGCUAGUCUAUGACUGUUGCCAAAGCAAUUAUGUAGCCAGUUGUAAAAUUAGCUUAAGAUUUGUAUUUGUUUGUUUUUCUGCCACCCUAGAGAAUGCCUCCGCUAGUAUUUGGAAAGUGGGAAUUCCUACUACAUGACAAAACUCAAAAUAAAAGAAAUAUAAUUAAUAAUUGUGCAUAUAUAUAGAUUUUUUAUUUGACUCCAGAAUAAGGCACUACUCUCUACUCUUUUUAAAUGAGCUGACAGCAAAUCUACUAAGCGUUUUUCCAAAGUGACUGUCUACUCCAUAAGAGAAGCAUACCUUUCACACAUAAGAGCUUCACUGUUUCUGUAGUGAUACCUCCUCCUUGUUAUGCUGAAUGACAGUGUAUCAUAAUCGUAGGUUAUUCACACUGAUGCAUGCAUUUCCUUGUUUAAUUGUUUACUGUGGUUGUGAUGCACUGCCCAGUUAGUGGACGCCCAGUAGAAAAGAACCCUUACAAAACACUUGAAGCUAUCUUUCCAGUGUUCUUGCUUGUCCUAUACCACAUCCUUUACCUUCUGAUCUCUGCUUUUUUAUUAAGCCCACCAAGAUUCCUCCUUAAUCUCAAAUUCCCAAUGAUUUUCCUUUGCAGAUACCUUUGUUUAUAAAUAGAGUUCUCUUACAUUUUGUCUAUUUUAAGUCCUAACAUGUAUAAUUUGUCACCUAUUUCACAUUCCACUUUCAAGUCCAAAGAUGCUACAACUUAGUUGUUCAUUUUCUGUCUCCACCGUUGUACCCAACAUCAUUCUCCAUUAAAGAUAAAAUCAGGUGUUCAAGGCCCAAAUACAAGAUUUUUUCUUUUUAAAAAAAUUAGUCCCGGCCCUGCGCUAUGCCUCACGCCUGUAAUCCCAGCAGUUUGGGAAUCCAAGGCGGGCUGAUCACCUGAGUUCAGGAGUUCCAGACUAGCCUGGCCAACGAGGUGAAACCCUGUCUCUACUAAAAAUACGAUAAUUAGCCGGGCGUGGUGGCGGGCCCCUGUAAUCCCAGCUGCUCGGUAGGCUGAGGCAGGAGAAUCGCUGGAACCAGGGAGGCAGAGGUUGCAGUGAGCUGAGAUCAUGCCCCUACACUCCAGCCUGGGUGACAGAAUGAGACUCCAUCUCAAAAAAAUAAAUAAAUAAAAAUAAAAAAUAAAAUAAUAAUAAUAAAAAAUUAGUCCCACGGCCCUUACAUUUAGCCUCUUCAUGAAUUGGAUUGCCUUUACUCAUCUCACUGUUUCAUGCUCUGCAUCUUCUUUUUUCUCCCUUAGAACUCAGUCAUUAUUUUUGUAUCUUUCACUAUCUGUGAAGACAUUCAUGAAAGUUUUAAAAAAUCUCUUAGAUUGAAGACUGGUGUCAAAUGCUGAUCAAGGAAAAGAGAGUAUUAGAUGAAAAGUUUUGUCUUCUCUAAUUUUUGUUCUGUGUUUAGCAAGUUAAAAGUUAAUUUAAGCACCCAGUAAGGUGAAAGGGCUGGUGGGAGUCAUUGAAGUGAGGAAGUGUUCCCUAUUUUUUACUGAGUUCAAAAGAAUACAGUGCCAGAUAAGGUAUUUUAACUCGCAGGAGCCACCCACCAGAGAAAAGAAAAAAUGUAGGUUCUAAGGAGUUGAAGAAUAUUUUUUCCCUCUAUGAACAUCAAACAUUGUGUACCUGAAAGGUACAGUCCAAUGAAGAUGUUGUUCCUUGACUAAGGUGUUGGUUUAAGCAUAAAACUAACCAUAAGAUGCCUAGAGGGAAAAACUGUAGUAAAAAGGAUCUGAUUGCUUUCACAAAUCUCUGAAUCUCAGAAUGGGCAGAAUGCAGGCACAUUUUCCCAGAGGAAACCCCUAAACGCCUGUUUAACUGAAUCUGGUGACUCCAAGGCUUAUGUAAGCUCAUAUUCUCUAGUUCUUUGACCACUUAUGACUCAGGAUUCUCCUUGAAUUUAAAAGCACUUUGGGAACCUUUGAAAGUUUGAGGUUUAAAAAAAUAAUAACAAAAAAAAAAUCCCACUAAACCUUCUAGGAGAGAAAGUAAUCCAAUGGUAGUCACAUUAUACAUAUAUAUUUUAAAUUUUGCUUUAUUAUUUCUAAUACUAUUUCCAAUAAUUUCUCUGAUAUAACAAUAUAUAUUUCAUAAUUUACUUUUAGUUUUGACUAUGAAUUAGGCUACAGACUCUGUCCUUGACCUAAAAUUGUCCAUGAAGACCAUCUCUAGUAUUAGAAAUAAUAGAAAUCUAAAUUUUCAAAAAUAGCAUACACUGGUCUCUUUUAUUAUUUUAAAGAUAAAUAUAUUUUUGAUGGUUAAAAGACUGCCUGACUUUUCUGUCUUUCAGUUAAUGCAUUUUUUUUUCAAUUUGGUAAAGAUUAAAUUGAACAUCAAACAUUGUCAGGAGCUUUCAUAUACAUUGUCGUAUUUAAUCUACUCAGUUAAAUCUAUGAGAUAGGUAUUAUUUUCAUAGUUAGAUUGUAAAACCCUUACCAUAUGUGAGAGGGAUCCAAUAUCAAGUGGUGAGAGCUGUCUGAAUUCCUGGACAAUAUUCCAAAGAUAUAUGUAACUUUAGGACAUUGAAAAAUAUCACCAUAUUAAUAAAAUAGUAUUUGUGAAACUAUCAGAUUUUCUUUACUAUAAGGUUUGCAUUUUGCCUGCUGAUGUUUAAAGUAUUUUAAUCUCUAGAAACCUCUUUUCUCUACUGAUUUCAAAAAUUAAUUCCUCUGACAUAAUAAUAUAAUUUUCAUGAUUCACUUUUAGUUUUGACUAUGAAUUAGGCUACAGACAGUGUACUUAACCUAAAAUUGCCCAUGAAGAUCAUGUCUACAAAACAAAAACAAAAAUCAAAUAUCUGACAUUGGAUAAACAGGCAUUUCCUCAAAUUCAUUCUACUAAAACAUAAGUUCCAUUGGUCUUUUUGGCAUGUUGAAGAGCAGAGAUAUGUAUUUUAAUUUAGAGUCAAUAAAUCGGAUUUGAAUUAACAAUGUGAAACAUGAUGUUUUGUAUUUUUUUACCUUACUCCUUCUAAUUCAAGAUUAUUUGUUAUGCCAUACUUUCAUUCUUAAUCAGCAGUAACUGAAUAUCUGAUCUGUAGUUAUGAUCUUAUGUUUAUGCUGAGAAAGACAGAUACACAGUAAUUGAAUAUUUUUUUUUACUUUCUUACUCUCUGAUUCUUGAUGAAUAUUAUUCACUGUAAUUUAUAGUACUAAGUCUAAUCCACUCUGGCUAUUGGUUUUAGUAAGUUAUGACAAUAUUUUAAUGAAUAACUUUAUCAACUACUAAAUAUUGUGAUAAUUCCCACUAGACACUUAUCAAUACAUUUAUCAUUCAUAUGAUAGCACGAUGGAUAGCCGAGUUUGCAAUGAAGAUAUUUAAUGUCUUGAUGAAUUGUUUUGAUGGUCAGCAGUAUCUAAAUUUAAAGUCCAAACUCAAUGUUUUAUAAAACAUAGGCAUUUGGAAUUGGCUGUCUUUCAAGAGAAGGGUAGGACUUCAGGACAUGACAGGCUGCCUGACACAUAACAUGUGUUUACAGUAUUUAGGGAAAAAGGCAAGUAUAUAUUCCAGUUCCCAAAUUACCAACUUUAAUAAUCUAUACAUUCCAGUAUGAAUAGAUGUCCAGGGUCUCUUCACCCUUUAGCAUUUGUAAACAACUGUAAAUUGUUAGCAGUAAACUAUAAAUAAACUAGAGAAAGAUUACUUUUUAGAAUCUAGAUGACAAACAUAUGGGAUUAUAUAGAAAAGUCAGGGUAAAACGUGAUUCUUACGGUAAGUGGGAAUUUUUCCUUGGUUGACAUUUAAAAAUACAUAGUGCAGUUCUUUUCACUGAAAUAGACAUUGGAAUGGAAACUGCCCAAACUCUCUCAUGUAGAAAAGAAGAAAAAUGUUCAAAGCAGCCUUUUACCCCUGUGCUUUGUAUGCUUUGUGUGUCUGGCAUCAUGUGCACUCAGUGAGAAUCCACAUGUGUUGAUGUUUACCUAACAGCGGGAUGCACAAUUUCCUACCACAGUGCAUAUGAAGACAAGCAUUACAUAUGCUUGAAUAUUCCAAAUAAUUUGUUAGAAGAUACAUGUGGAACUAUAUCUAAUAUGAAAUUAAUUUUUCACGCACACAGAGUUCUGUAACCAGAUUUUUACACAGUGGGUUGUGGUAUUGUAAUCCCUCAUUUGUGAGCCAUGUGUUUGAAUUAUGCUACUUGAAUUAUCAAAGUCAUCUUGCUGUUUGAAUGCCGCUGGCAUCAUAUUUGAAAAAGUUUUAUAAUCAAGUCUAGCUCCUUUAGGGGAGAUGUUGAUACUGACCCUGUAGGUGGUACAAUAGAUGUUAGUUAGUGGCCUGAAGUUAUUUUUUUAUUUCAUGUAUUUAUGAAGUGUCAAUUCCCCUAAAGAUACCAAAAUUCUGAUAACUUCUCAUUAUCUCCUCCUCCCUCCCCCUCCUACAUAUCUCUCUGUCUCUCUCUCUCUGUCUCUCUCUCUCUCACACACACACACACACACACACACACUGCUGCUUUUGUACACACAAUAUAUUAUCUGCCUCCUUACCUCAAAAACUCUGAUGGAGGAAAAAAAUUAAUAGACUUUUAAGUCUGAAACAUUUUAACAAUUUAACAGAGGAUUUGAUAUUUAGAGAAGCCUUCAAGCCUUCAGAUGCCCAGCUGAAAUGCGUCUUAUCUUGUUAAAUGAGAAUUAUUUACUGUUUCAGGCCCAAAAUAAUGAUGCUAAGUGUAUUUACUGAGCACCUAUCUUAUGUUAAAUGUUUUCCUGCGUAUCCUCAUUUAUCUCAUUUACUUCUCUUAGUUUUGUAAUGUAAUUGUUACUGUGUGAAAGCUAUGUCAAGAGAAAGGAGUUCUAAAUUUUACUGGGGGGCACAGUGCUGCCCUGCCUCUAGUUUAGACUGGCCUUAUUUUAAUUAAUGACUGACUGUGGUAAAGACCCAUGAAGUAUGUUUAUCCUAUCUGCACAUAGUAUAAAGUAAAAUCUACAAGGCAGAUGACAGAAUCAGGGUAAAAAUGAUCUCUAAGUGACUACAAUAAAAAAGACAAAAAAUAACAGUCUUACAUGUGAUGUUCAAUAUGAGUUAGAGCCAAAGAAAAAUGUAAAUACAAAAUGCCUUUGACCUAGCUUUUCAGUAAAGCUGAAAAAAUGAUGUUAAGAUUUGCAGGGCUGAGUUUGUCAUAAUCUAUUAUAAUCCAGCAAGUUUAGAUUGCUACUGAAAAUGAUAAUAUUCUCUUACAUCAGAUUAAGAAAUGCUCAGGAUGUAUAUUAAGAAAUUUCAUGGAGAAAUACUGUCCCUACUAAAAAUACAAAAAUCGGCUGGACAUGGUGGCACACACCUGUAGCCACAGCUACUUGGGAGGUGGAAGUGGGAGGAUCACUUGAGUUCGGGAGACACAGACUUCAGUGAGCCAUGCCUGUGUCACUUCACUCUCUAGCCUGGCUAACACAGUGAGACGCUAUCUCAUAAAAAAAAAAAAAAUAGAAAAAAAAAAAGAAACGAAGAGAAAAAGAAGAAAUGUAAUGAUGUGAUUGACCUUAAAUUAGGUUGGCCAGAUCAUAUAUAAAGUCUUAUAUUCAAUUCUGGGCACCAAAUUUUCAAUGACGCAUAUCUAGAGUGUAGUGUGUGCAAAGGAGGAACACUUGGAGCAAAGCAAUCUGGACCCCAUUUCCUGUGGCAACCAGGAAUAUGAUAUAUCUGGAAAACAGGAAGGCUUGGGAAGCUGGGGAUGGGAGUGGGAGUGUGGGAGGAGCUAUGUUUUGUCUAUGUAUCCUUCAAUAUUAAAAAGAUCAUCUUGAGGAAGUAUAGUAAACACAUUUAUAGCAUUCAAUAGAACCUGUACAGGGAGAUUAGGAGAAAAACCUGACACAUUGAAAGACAAAUCUUUCAAACAGGGAGAACCACAGUAGAAUAUCAAGCCCGCAAUGGAACAGGUUGGCUUGGUGAGUAAAGAGCUUCUCGUCCUUGGUAAUGCAUUUCUCAUGUUUAAAAAUAAAUUGGACUGUUUGACAUUCACUAUUCCUUCCCCUAUGAAUGCUUAAGAUUUUAUACUUUAAAUGUAGGAUGAAGUAGAGAGAAAAUAGCUUAUGCAUAUUUUAAAUAUAUAAAAAUGUCAUUCCCCCUAUAAUUUAAUUUUUAUUUUAAAUGUUUUUAUAGAUAUUAGGGUGACAUUUCAUAGCAGGCAAUUAUAACAUAAAAUAACAAAGUAGACUGACGCAUGAAUAUUGCUAACAAAAAUAAGAUCUUAUUCAGACACGGCUUAGGUUGACUUUACUUUUUUGCUUAACUUGCCAAGGUAAUGUUUUUCAGAAUAAAUGAGAGAAAACGAAUGCUUUAUAAUAUUUAAAGGUAACUUUUACAAAUGCAUCUAUAUACACAUUAAGAGGUUAGAUAUUAGAACUCAAGUUUUAGACUUAUAAAUUAAAAAUAAGAAGCUAUCUUCUCCCUAUCAUCAUUCAUAGAUAAAUGGUGUGGGCCAUCUCUAUAUUUAAUUAGUGUGUAUGUUGCCAUCAUCCUUUCAGACACUACAAUCCAAGUUUACAGGUAUUGUUUCUCAAAAAUAUUUCUGAUUUCAGAAGAGCACGUUCUUUGAGUAUGUAUAUAACUAGAGGGAGAAGUAGAGGAGAUUCAAUUAGCCAAUAUAUUUGAGCACGUCUAUUUAAUUUCAAAGACUUGCAAGUUGAAUCCCACAGAAUUUGAUCUAUGGGAUAUCUGUGUUAAAAUAUCAUAUUGAUUUUUUAGUUUUGCAUUCAAUUGUUCUCACUGAAGAAUAUAAUAUGAAAGAUAUGAAAUAAUGUUUUAAGAGAAUAUAUACAGGACACAAUUUAUUGUUAAAAAAAGCCUUUAUUAAAUUUUAAUAAAAUUUCUUCGGGCUGUUUUUAAACUUCUUAACUUACUAUGCUCCUUUUCCUAGGACUGUAUGAUUUUGUAAAGAAUUACUGUAUGCUUAAUGCUUCUCUAAACAUUAUAUCCUUGCUAGAUGUGUGCUGAAGACAUGAGCACAGCCAGAUAUCGUAAAAUUAUUUCAACUUUAUCCAUCAAAAUUAGAAUUGAAAAGGGCAUGUGAAAAUUCUAGAGGGAAAAAAAGUAGAAUCUUAUGUUGCCCUAUGAAUUGACUCACUAACUCAAUGAAAAUAAAUUACUUUUACUAAUACUCAUCCAAAUCUGGCAAUAACAUAGUUGAAGCACAUAAUGAAAGCUAUAUUUCACCAUAUUGAAGUCAAAGAUCUACAAUAUAUCAGCAACAUCAUUAAUUUUGACAUUGUCCUCAGAUUUGGCAUAUACUUUCAUAAUUUAGUCAUAUGUCCUUUAUGGGGACUCUUCAGUCUCUAGUGCUGUUUCAGACAGUUCUAUAAGAGUUCAAAGUCUAGUAGUAGACAGACAUGUUAAAAUAAUCAAAAUGCAGUUUUACAAAUAUUCCAGAGGAAUGUGUAAAAGGAAUUGUGGCUCAUUCUAACUGUGGAGCUUGGAGAAGGUAUUCCAUAGAGAUAAAUUUCAACCUGUGCCUGGAAGGUUAAAUUUGUUAUGCAGUGAAAGUAGAGGAGUAUGUUUCAGACAAAGAGAAUAAGAAAUGUCGGGGGGGGGGGGUAAUGAAAUAGGCUAGAAAAUACAUUGACUUUGUCUGCCUGCCGGGAAAUAGGUCUGAAAAUUUGCACAAGGAUAGAUCAAGAUUUGCCUUAUAUAACAAAUAUAUAUCAUGUAAACAUUAAGCUGUUAGUGACAGUGCCAUACAUGUACGGUAGAAGACCACUCUGGCUGCAUAUUGAUAGAGGAUUAAUACAUGUUAAUCUUAUCCUGAUUUAGAAGGAUGAAUUAGAAAACCAUCACAAAAAGUGAUAAUUAAUAAGCAAUAAGCAACAGAGGGACUAACUAUGGUAGACCAUCAUGAUCAUCUUACUAUUCUUAUGCUUUAUGUUCAAUUUCUCCUCUGUGUGAAGAGGAAUUUAAGAGUAUCGUGUGUGAACAGGACUUUGAUUUUUUUUAAAUUUUAUUUAUUUUUUAUUUUUAUUUUUAUUUUUUAUUAUUAUUAUACUUUAAGUUUUAGGGUACAUGUGCACAAUGUGCAGGUUAGUUACAUAUGUAUACAUGUGCCAUGCUGGUGUGCUGCACCCAUUAACUCGUCAUUUAGCAUUAGGUAUAUCUCCUAAUGCUAUCCCUCCCCCAUCCCCCCACCCCACAACAGUCCCCAGAGUGUGAUGUUCCCCUUCCUGUGUCCAUGUGAUCUCAUUGUUCAAUUCCCACCUAUGAGUGAGAAUAUGCGGUGCUUGGUUUUUUGUUCUUGCAAUAGUUUACUGAGAAUGAUGAUUUCCAGUUUCAUCCAUGUCCCUACAAAGGACAUGAACUCAUCAUUUUUUAUGGCUGCAUAGUAUUCCAUGGUGUAUAUGUGCCACAUUUUCUUAAUCCAGCCUAUCAUUGUUGGACAUUUGGGUUGGUUCCAAGUCUUUGCUAUUGUGAAUAGUGCCGCAAGAAACAUACGUGUGCAUGUGUCUUUAUAGCAGCAUGAUUUAUAGUCCUUUGGGUAUAUACCCAGUAAUGGGAUGGCUGGGUCAAAUGGUAUUUCUAGUUCUAGAUCCCUGAGGAAUCGCCACACUGACUUCCACAAUGGUUGAACUAGUUUACAGUCCCACCAACAGUGUACAAGUGUUCCUAUUUCUCCACAUCCUCUCCAGCACCUGUUGUUUCCUGACUUUUUAAUGAUUGCCAUUCUAACUAGUGUGAGAUGGUAUCUCACUGUGGUUUUGAUUUGCAUUUCUCUGAUGGCCAGUGAUGAUGAGCAUUUUUUCAUGUGUUUUGGCUGCAUAAAUAUCUUCUUUUGAAAAGUGUCUGUUCAUGUCCUUUGCCCACUUUUUGAUGGGGUUGUUUGUUUUUUUCUUGUAUAUUUGUUUGAGUUCACUGUAGAUUCUGGAUAUUAGCCCUUUGUCAGAAGAGUAGGUUGCAAAAAUUUUCUCCCAUUUUGUAGGUUGCCUGUUCAGUCUGAUGGUAGUUUCUUUUGCUGUGCAGAAGCUCUUUAGUUUAAUUAGAUCCCAUUUGUCAAAAGAACAAAGCUGGAGGCAUCAUGCUACCUGACUUCAAACUACACUAUAAGGCUACAGUAACCAAAACAGCAUGGUACUGGUACCAAAACAGAGAUAGAGAUCAAUGGAACAGAACAGAGCCCUCAGAAAUAACACCGCAUAUCUACAACUAUCUGAUAUUUGACAAACCUGAGAAAAACAAGCAAUGGGGAAAGGAUUCCCCAUUUAAUAAAUGGCGCUGGGAAAACUGGCUAGCCAUAUGUAGGAAGCUGAAACUGGAUCCCUUCCUUACACCUUAUACAAAAGUUAAUUCCAGAUGGAUUAAAGACUUAAACGUUAGACCUAAAACCAUAAAAACCCUAGAAGAAAACCUAGACAUUGCCAUUCAGGACAUAGGGAUGGGCAAGGACUUCAUGUCUAAAACACCAAAAGCAAUGGCAACAAAAGCCAAAAUUGACAAAUAAGACUUUGAUUUUGAUUGCUGUCUAUGGACUCAUUCUUACCUUCACCUCUCUUCUUUCCUUCCAUCCCAAAAUAUUUUUGAUUCUCUGCUCUAAUCCCAGUCUUUUAGCUACUAAGGAAAUAGUAGUGAACAAAGUAAGAAAAGAGUGACAGGGAGUGUGUAUAUGUUUGUGUGCUGGGGGUUGACGUGGUGCUGUUGACGAGGUUUCUCAAAUUCAAGUGGAAUGAGCACAUACUUGACCAGCAAUAAAACACCAGUCUAAUUUUUUAACAGUUCUUUUAUAGCAACUAAACAUAAAGACACACAGAAUAAGUCCUCAGAGUUUUGCAUCAAUAUUAUCAUUGUUCAAAAUAAUUAUAUUAGAGAACAGCAUAUGGGCAAAAAAGAAAGAUGGGAAACAAGACAAUUUAGAGAGGGAACAUUCCAGUCUUUAUAAUCUAAGAAAUCUAUGUUUAAAUCCCAAUUCUCUUGCUUCUGGUGUAAAACCUUAGGAAAUUUAUUUGACCUCUCUUCAAAGAGAAGAGAAAAAGAUGCUUCAGUUUUCUUCCCUAGAAGGGUUGCAAAAAUAAAACAAAUAAAUACAAGUAGUAUUUAGCCUACUGUAGGCCUUCAAGAAAUGCCAGUUUUGACAAUGAUGAUGAUGAUGAAGUUUCUUUUAAUGCAAGGACACUAUUAAAACUCUUCAUUGCUACUACUGUUAAUUGUUAAAAUCAGCUUUAAUUUUGUCACCUUUCAAUCACCUCUUCAAGUGUCCCAUCUUUAGUGAGGGGCCAGGAACUGUGAUGAAGGACAUCUUACUAUAGGCAGUCUUGAACCAUGACUGACUGAGAAAAGAUACUGAAUGUAUGCUUAUUUUCAUUGAGUAAACUCAUAAAAGAAAAUAUUAUGUGGUUUAAUAUAAUCUGAAUUUCAUUGUAUAGUCAGUUGAGCCAAACCUAUGAAUUAACAAAUUUUUCUCCCACAGCAUAACACAUUUGCUUAUAUUACAUUAUUAUAUACAGUUCUUAAGUGUAUAUUUAUCAUGCUAGUCUAUAAGUUACUCAAAGAUAAUCAUAUUUUUCUCACGUUUUAAAACUACAAUUCCUAGCAAAGUGUCAGGCAAACGGUAAGCAUGUAAUAUCUGUUCACUAAAUCUGAUAUACAACUAAUUUUUCCCAACUUCGCCUUGAAGUGAACAAAAUUUACCAACUAGGAUUCAAUCUACUCUUGCCAUAAUUUCAUGUCAUAUGUCUCUUAAUCAUUGUACUUUACUGCAAAUUUAUUUCACUGGCAAAUUUCACAGGUAAAGUAUUUAUCGUUGGUUUUUAUUUACUCUGCGCUCAUGUCUGUGAUGUUCUUUCUUCACAUGAUGACAGAUAAAUAGUAUGAACACCUUCCACAGAACACCCAACACAUUUUCGUUCUCAGUUCUUAACAUUUUUUUGCACAUGGUUGAUGUUCCUCAAAUAUUUAUUAAAAAUAUGUAAAAGUACAUUGGUAAAUUUGUGUAAAUGUAUCUAUGAGAAUAUGAAAACCACAGCCAAUGAUUAUAAAUGAUUCUAGUAUUUCAUUAUAAUUGUAUAUUAUCUUCUAUAAAAAAUUUGAUGAUGACUUGAAAACGAGUUAGUCAAUGUUAUCAAAAUUCACCAUGUAAAUAAAUGUAAUUAUAAAACUAAUUAUAGAAUUUUGUCAUGGUAAAAUUACCUAAUUUGCCCAGUUGUACUGUUAUCUUCAUAGACUAGUAUUGAAUUUAGCCAUGCUAAAUUUGUACUGCAUGCAGUUUCAGGAACCCAGUAUUAACUGUCAGAUGUCACUUUAUAUCAGUGAAAUUUGAAUCACUCAUUACAUUUCGUCAUUUAUAUUAUGACAGUAAAUCAGUCUAGGAAACCUAUUUAAAGAGAUUUUAAUUUUAGCUAAUUUAUUAUUUAAAUAAUAUAUAUUUCAGCAAUCUACCAAUUAUAUUUAUAUGAAUACAUACUAUAAAGUAUGCUUUUAAUUAAUCAGAAUCAAAUUAAUUUAAUUAAAAUCCACAUUAAUUUGCCCAUCAACUUACAAAAAGAACAGGAGGCUUUUUAUGCUUGAUUUUAAAAGGAAAAUGAAAAACAAUGACAGAAGGAUAAAAAAAUGGAUUUUUUUCAAAAAGUUCAUAACACUUGUAGGGUCAGAUUCUAUACUUGAUCCCAACAAAAUGAUUUACGUUAUAAAUUCACAUUAUGAACAUUAUAAGGUUUUUGAAAGGAUUACUUUUUGGUAAUAGCAAAACCCAAGUUGUCAAAGAAGGAUGAUAGGUUAAUAUACAUCCCUUGAUAAUACAUUUUGGUUGUAUUUUUCAAUAGCAUGUGUUAAUAAAUUAUUUUUCGUUCCACUUUCAAUUAUUCAGCACGUUCUAUGUUUUUAAGUUUUUUUCAUAGCUAUUCUCAUCAAACAUACAUACCUCUGCUUUAUCUUUUGCAUUUGAUCAUUCAUAUGAAAAUAUUAAAUUAUGUCCUUUUCAGUAGCUCAACAUCACACACUGCAGCCUCCCUAAAGGGAGGAUAUAUUACUUAGAGAUAAGCAAUUAGGUAUUUUAAAUAUUUAGAUACCCAAAUAUCAUUCUACAGUCUUAGUCUCUCUUAUUGAGACAAAUUGUUCCCUGUUUCUGCAUCCAUAAACAUCACCAGAGAGAACAUUAAUAAUCCUUAGAUAUGUGCCUCAGUAGAAACUGGGAAAUAGUUUAAUGGGAUUUUAACUUAAAUGAAGACCAACUGUGAGUAACACUUACUUUGCAAUGGAUCCUUAGGACCUGAGAGAUAACCACUAACAAGAAAAUGAUCAUUUAUCUUUUAGUUUGCUCUUUCUGUGUGAGUUCAAGAAUAAAAAGCUCAAAAUACAAAACUGAAAGAGCAAUACAGCCCUCAGCGCUAUUAAUUGUUAAAUGCCAAAAAAAAAAAGAAACUGAUUUGGUCAUUAACAUAAACAAUUUGAAAACCAUUCACAGUUAGUGUUUGGUUUUCCAGUAAUAAUAUGCCAUUUUGUUAGAAGAAUUGUGCUUUCUUAUAAGACUUACUGUAUUUCAGAAAUGUCAGAAAUAUAUCUGUCUACUGUGAAAUGAUGGUAUCCACAUACACGUGAGCAAGUUUUGUUUUAUUUUAUUAUUUUAUUUUAUUGAGACAGAAUCUCGCUCUGUCUCCCAGGCUAGAGUGCAGUGGCACGAUUUUGGCUCAUUGCAACCUCCGUAUCCUGGGUUCAAGUGAUUCUUCUGCCUCAGCUUCCUGAGUAGCUGGGACUAUAGGCGCUCGCCACCACGGCCGGCUAAUUUUUGUAUUUUUAGUAAAGAUGGGGUUUCGCCAUAGUGGCCAGGCUGGUCUGGAACUCCUGAUCUCAAGUGAUCCGCCUACCUCAGCCUCCCAAAGUGCUGGGAUUACAGGCGUGAACCACUAUGCCCAGCCAUGAGCAAGUUUUUGUUUUUUUGUUUUUGUUUUUGUUUUUGUUUUUGAGUCUCGCUCUGUCCCCCAGGCUGGAGUGCAGUGGCGCAAUCUCGGCUCACUGCAAGCUCUGCCUCCUGGGUUCCCGCCAUUCUCUUUCCUCAGCCUCCUGAGUAGCUGGGACUACAGGCGCCCUCCACCAUGCCCAGCUAAUUUUUUGUAUUUUUAAUAGAGACGGGGUUUCACCGUAUUAGCCAGGAUGGUCUCGAUCUCCUGACCUCGUGAUCAGCCCACCUCGGCCUCCCAAAGUGCUGGGAUUACAGGCGUGAGUCACCGCGAAUGGCCGAGCAAGUUUUACAUUUUUGUCUCCAACAUCAUAUAUUGCCCAGACAGAGUGAUGAACAGGUUUAAAGUGAUUCUGAUUCAACAAAUAUUGUGUGCACAUAUUUAUUCCCGCCUUUUUUUCUCUCAUGUUCUUGUUUCACUUUUCUCCCACCAUAGCAAAGCAAUCUGCCACACAGCUUCUAUUCACAAUUUGUUCUUGUAUAGAAUGGAAAAGCUUAAUAAAAAUGAAAAUGUGUGGUAAACGAAUGAACCUGAUACAACGAAAUUUAAGGAUAGCCUUGAAUUCUACACAGGCCAUAUACAUUUCUCAUUCAAAUUAUUUGUAAAAACAGAAAAGGUGCAUUUUCAAAAAACUUGACAACUUAAUGUUACUACAUAUAAAUUCUGUUACAGCUGCCAUACUUCAAGAGUUUACUUUGGAAGUAACUUGAAAGAAGUAUAAAAUGAAAAUGAUCUCUACCACACUGGAAUGAGGCUUUACCAUAGGACACUGCGAAGGAAGCGGACAUUUCCAAUGCAUCCCACAUCCCUCCCUGUAAUGUUCAUCAGGCAUACCUACACCAGAGGGAAGAUACAUUUUGUGAAGUGUCUUAGCAGAGACCCACUGGAAAUUAUCAAAUCUCUAUUAUCUAAUACUUCUGAACAAUGGAAAAAUCAAAUAAUUAAAACUGCCCCUGUAAAAGAAAAGCUGAAAAGGAUCAAAAGAUAUAAUUUUUCCAUAGGUUCUACUUACUCGAAUAAAAUUAUUUAGUCAUUUUAGUAAAACAAAAUUCAAUUGAUAAUGACAGCAUGAAAAGAAAUGUUUAAAAUUGUAAAGAACAAUUUGACUAUAUAUAAAAAUAAUGAAAUACAAUAUCCUGGAAUUGAAUGGCCUGUUGGUACAUUAUUAGUAUUCUCUUGUGAGGCAAAUGUGUCCACAUACCUGAAGUGUCCAUUAAUGCCCAUAAUGAGUACAACGGAUUUUAAUGUGCCUGUAAUAUACUUAAGGGUCAAAUAUUUUAAGCACGUCUAAAAAUUCAUUUUAAAAUUUUUGGCCAUGUUUCCAAACUAUUUAGACAGUAUCUUUUGGAAAAGAAUAAAACUUUAUUUUAUGAAGCAAAAACUUCAUAAAAGUAUGAAGAUUCUGUUUUAGGGAUAUACACUUUUAAUUUUUAAUAUAUUUGCAAAACUUAAUGGGAAGAAUUUGAUUUAAAGAUCUUGGCAUAAUUCUUUCUCUUGUAUUUGUCCUCCUUCUGUAGUUCUCGUCUUUCCUGCAGGUUCUCACCACGACAAAGUGAUUGAGAACAUGUGCUGGGCUUUCUUUCUUAGUACUUUUGUUCAACAACUGUUCAUUUUUUCUGCUUUCCAGGCAACUGGUCAGCUUUCAAGUUUAUUUGCAUUUUUAAAAUGAUGCACAAAAUAAAACACCCUCAGAUCUGAUUAAUGCUUCCUAGUUUCACUUCUAAAACAAACAAACAAGCAGUGCAGUCCAGCCACCUGCAAAACACUAAAUGAGCCUUGUGAUUAGUGGGAAAGAGAGAAUUCCAGAGAAAUUUUGGGGGCAGGAAAAAAGUGGGCAGAGUUUGACUAUGGAGAAAAUUAGUUUGCUCACACAUUUUGGAUAAAGUGAAAUAUAACAAACGUUCUAAAUGUCCAAAUACAUUUUGAAAUGUGUUUUGAUAGUGAUGUAAUGAGAUAUUGAGAGUAAAUCAUCCACAAUCACAUCUGUUAUUAAAUAACUUAAAGGAUAACACAACCACCAAAAAGAAGCCUAUGCAGAUUUUAGAAUAAAGUUGGUCUUGUGUCAAAACAUCUGAUAUUUGCUUUUGUCUUUUCACGCCCCCACCCCCCUUUUUGAGGAGAGGGAGGUGCCUGGCAUGAACCUCAGGAACUGAAUGGUUCUGAAUGACAGAAGAACCUCAGAAGUAUUGCCAUUGUGACCAACAAAAUGAGACAUGCCAUGCAGAAUGUUUUCACUAUGACUUCUCAUAAUCCUAUGGACUAUCUUUAUAUUAUAAUGUCCCAUAAUAUCUGAUAUGCUCUGGCUGUGUCCCCACCCAGAUCUCAUCUUAAAUUGUAGUUCCCAUAAUUCCCAUGUGUCCUGGGAGGAUAAUUGAAUUGUGGGGGCAGUUACCUCCGUGAUAGGUAAUGAGUUUGCACAAGAUCUAAUGGUUUUAUAAGGGGCUUUUCCCCCUUUUACUCGGCACUUGUCCUUGCUGCCACUAUGUGAAGAAGAAUGUGUUUGCUUCCCAUUUCACCAUAAUUGUAAGUUUCCUGAGGCUUCCCAAGCCAUGCUGAACUGUGAGUCAACUAAACCUCUUUCCUUUAUAAAUUACCCUGUCUCGGGUAUGUCUUUAUUAGCAGCAGGAGAACGGACCAAUACAAUAUCUUAUAGUACCAAAAUUUCCCUAGAAAUUUUGCAUGUCACAGUUCAUAAAGUGACAUUAAAAAAAAUUGGUAUUCACUUUGGGAGGCAGAUCACUUUGGGCAGAUCACGAGGUCGGGAGAUCAAGACCAUCUGGCUAACACGGUGAAACCCCGUCUCUACUAAAAAUACAAACAAAUUAGCUGGGCGUGGUGGCGGGCGCCUGUAAUCCUAGCUACUUGGGAGGCUGAGGCAAGAGAAUGGCGUGAACCCGGGAGGCGGAGCUUGCAGUGAGCCUAGAUCCUGCCACUGCACUCCAGGUGGGCGACGGAGUGAGACUCCGUCUCAGAAAAACAAAACAAAACAAAUAAACAAAAAUUGGUAUUAUACCAAGUCAGUUUCAAAAUAUACUUAAUCAUAUGUUUUAUUUAAACAACUGAAACUUAUAAAUUGAUUUUCUGGGAUUUGUUUAAUGAUCAUUUAUUAUUUGCUGGGCAGUAUACUAAGUGCAUUUUCCAUGCAUUAUCUCAAUUAAUCCUCAAAAUCAAAUUCUGAGGUAGUUACUAUUAUUUCCAUUGUUUUACAGAUGAGAAAACUGAAGUCCAGAGAGAUUAGACAACUUUCUAAAAGUUUCAUUACCAGAGAAGACAGAUCCAGAAUUAAAAUCUAAGCAGUUUUUAUUUGUAUCUUGCUUUUGUUUGUUUAUUAACACUACUGCAGCCCUAUUGUACAUUUAAAUUCGCCUCUGAGUACAAAUAUUUACAUAUUUUAAAGGUACCAACUAUUUUUAAAGAAAUAGAAUGUUAUGUACUUGAAAAUGUGACUUUCAAACAUUCCACUGUUAAGACACAUACAGUAUUAUACAGAUAAGAAUUUCUUACCUGUGAUGGACUGCUAAAAACAAACACAAAUUUUUAUUUUCCCAAAUAUCCAAAAUAUAUAUAAUACAUUUUUCAAUAUUUAGUUUUUCUUUUGUUAUUUAAAAAAAUUAUGCUAUCUUAUAACUAUUCUUUCUACUGGGGUGUUUAUUAAAAUGACAAUAUACAGAAUAAGUGGCGCAUACCUAUUAAUUGAGAAUGAUAGACACAACAAUGAUGAGUCAUAGGUCAUUCUUUUUGAGAAGGGGACCCUCAACUGAAAUUCAGUAAAUUAGGAAAAAAUGGACUUCAUUUCCUUAGCAGUUUACAUUUCAGAUAGCUUAAAAAGAGUUAAUAAAGAAUAAACAACUAAUUUUCAUUGCACUACUAUAAAACUAGCAAAAGUAAAAUACAUCUAUCCAUAUCAAGUUAAAGCAGGAGUUUUAAAUUUAACAGGCAUUGGGGUGCAGGCUGUCUACACAGCAGAAGAAUAUGGGAGUCCGUGAUAAGCAAUGAUGCAGGGAAUGUAAAUCUUUUUGUUUCUCUAUAACAGGGAAAUAGGUGCUCAGUUAACAAAACAGUAUUUUUCUCAAUUUCUCAAUUCUGAAAAUUGCUAGACAUAUCACGCUUUACAACCCUACACCCACACACUAUAGACAUAUGCCACGAGUAGAUGCUUUGCUGGCUUGAAGGUUUCAGCAGUGAUUCUUCUUGCAUGCACUUUGUUUUGAGCUAAUAGAACACCCACAAGAUAAGAAAAAGAAAUGCUUGGACAUGCACCAUCCCUUUCUCCAAAGAUUGUUAGGCACUGGUAAUUGAAGUUUGAGAACAUAUUAUUUAAAUGACUACAAAGCUAAUGUAAAGGUAACAGAGCCAUGCUGCUAAUACUGUUUAGAAUAAUAUUGCUAUGACUAAUGAUGGCAUAUUGCUGCAAGUUCAAUGUGACACAAACAACAAAUGAGACUGUUAAAGUCCAUAAUUAGGUUAUGGAAUUCUCAUUUUGUUCUCACUUUUGCAGCAGUCCUUCUUUUAUAAAAUUGGGAUUGCAAGAGAAAAGAGAGGAGAUAAAAAUUUAUAACAAUAUUUUUUUUUCCACAAGGGCUUGAAACCGUCAACUUCAAUACAGAUGUGAAUUUCUUUCUUUGUCCUGUGAUUUUGUUAAUGGUAGUGUAUGAAGUAUAAUGUCAGCACUAUUUCAUUUCUCUGAAAGUAGUGCCAUUUUAUUUAUUUAUAGACAUGUAAAGCUAUGGAAAUAUUAAAAUAUUUUUCUUAGAGUUAAAAAUAAUGGGUGAGUUGUAUGUAAUGGAAGCAACAUGGCCCACUGGAGGCAUUUACUGUCCAGAGUGGAAUAGCCUUUGACUGAUUAAGUGGACAGACUUUAUUUACUACAUUAUUAAAUAUGAAAUCUAUUAAACUUAAGUACAACCUUUCCCCCCUUCAAAUGUUAACAUCAGUGCCAGUGGGAGAGUAAAACUUGUGACAUUUAGAAAGGAGAGAGAAUCAGAUGAGAUUUACCAGUAAGAGGAUAUAUAAAUAAUUGAAUAGGAAUGUCUGUAACAAUGCAGCUCUUUUAGAUAAUGUGUGACAAAAUAUUUCUCAGUUUUCUGAUGGGAAAAGUUUCUAAUAGAGGGCUCAAUCAGUUGUUCCUUAGACACUGCAAUCAGGGUAAUUUUGGAGGCUUCCUUCCAAGUUCUGAUUUAUCACCCCAGUAUCCCAAGGGCCCUCCAUGUGAUUGCCUUGGCACUGAUAUUUAUGCUGGAUGAACUGAAAGUGCCACACUUAACUCGAUAUUAUCCUUCCUUGGGUCACAAGAGUACUAUCUUUCAAGUACAUUUGGGUGAUUUUCACACCACCCCAUAUCUCACCUACACUAGAGGUACCUCUUCUUUGCAACUUAGAAGGAGCCACUAGACCCGUUAAUAAAAUUCAGCAAGUCUCAGUAAACAUUUCUUUUCCCAGCUGGGAUGCCAGUUCAGAGAAGAGGAAAGUCAAUGCACUCAAGUGGGAUAAAUUAGUGCAUUGGCUCAUAGUACCAGCUUCACAGCUGUGUCAUGAUUUCCUUUAGGGGUCUAGGAAAAUGUAGCUUUUCAUGCUUGAUAUUCUUUCUAUUAUUGUUAUCUAUCCUCUUCAGAGGUGUAAAGAAAUGACCUUUCCCCUGGAAAUGCCAAACUGCUUCUUUCAGAGAGACUGCUGUUGCUUCUAAAGAGUUAGACCUCUGUUUCGCUCUUUUGAAGAAUCUGCCAUUGCAAUCACAGGUAAAGUACUUAGGAGGAAGAAGACAGUGCCAUGAGUCUCUAAGGUAGGCUCAGUCUCACAACAGGGCACUGGGGUUUGCCACUGCCUCAGCGUGUUCAAGCUGCCAGAGCACUUCUUGCAUGCUGAUAUCUUUAGAUAGCAAGACCUUCACUGUCCUUGUUUACAUUCUUAAAGUGAGGCUUUUCUCUCUGCUGAAAGUUUGCAAGCUGACAGCUUUGGAAUUUGAAUUUUUCCAUGUCUUUUCAGAUCAAGUGCUGUGGCACUGACAGGAGCCUCCCACAAUGCCUCCUUAUAUUAGCUUCCUGUAAAAUUGGGACCGGAAACUGGUGUUAGCUAUGUUCACCAGCAAGCUGAACCUUGGGACAAGGGUAGCAGCUCCCCUCCACCACCCCUCCCCUCCCCCAGCCAAUAAAGCACAGAAGUGGCAUCUUUCCAGAAGCUGCUGCGAAUGCUUAUAUAGCUUUAGGUAGAGUGAGGUCUUAUGGACUGUGGGUUCAUUCACACAGCUGAAGGUUAGGAGGGAGAAGAUUCUCCUUUUAAUCCCUAGCCAAAAACAGACGCCACUCAGGACAGGCUUUGUUAGACUGGAGUAGACAUUGGCAUUGUUUGGAAAUAUAAACUGUUUGCUCUGGCGUCCUUGACUCUAUUACCCUCAUUUCAUUUACGUAACAUUGAAUGAUUGGCCUACUGCAUAAUUCCCUAUAUACUUCUUUAUAACCCAAUCUACCUUGUAGUGCAACAGACUGACUAACGACCUAAAAAUACAGCAGGCCAUAAUAAAUCUAGGGUGCAGAUGUCUGUAAAUUUGUAAAAUUUGAAAAUCCAUUUCAUUCAAAUGGCUUGUGCUUUCUUAGGUUACAAACAAGUUAACUUUUGUAUUAGUAGGGGUGCAUUUCCUUAAAAACAAAGGGUUACAAAGCAAUCAGUAAUUAUGUGACAAUGACACCAGCAUGAAUUCUCCGCAUGUACCUUCUUCAUGGAUUAUAUAGUUGCUCUUAUACUGUAUUUUCUCAAAAUAAUUUUAAAAUUUGCAUUUAGAAAUGCCUUCACACUCAGGUUAAUAUUGAUACAGGAAGAAAUUACUUCAUUUAACUUUGGUUACUUUAUAUUACUUUACCUGAAACAGUAUUAUAUACUGGUUUAAUCACGAAGUUUCUUCACUAAAGUUGCACUCAAAUGAUUUUUGUGCCUGAAAACCCAUGCAGACUUUCUUUUCCUGUGAGCAUUUAAAUAGUGAAUGUAAAACCCAUAGAUAGUUUUUAUAAGAUUUUGCAUAAAUACAAUUAAUCAACCUAACCUAAAUUUUACCCUUGAACUGUAUGUAAGCUGAAGUGUUAGUUAAGAGUUGGCAUUUCAAAGGCCCUUCUUGUUCAAAUACAAACACUAAUAGAAAUUAAAAUGAGGAAAUGCCAACCAAAGGAAAGAUGAAUCAUACUACCUAUUACUACACCAAAAAGAAAAUGUUAACAGUGGUGGAGUAGAGUCCCGAGUGUCCCGCAAAUAGAAAGGUCUAAUUAGUGAUUGGGAGAAGAAAGAGUUUCACUUGUAUUUUCUACUUUCAAAUAUGUAAACUAACGUGACAGCCAUUUGUUGUUCUUUAGAAAAAUCAGGACUUAUCAGGCACACAUGUUCAGGAAGGUGACAUGGACAGGGAUGUAAAUGAAUGUCUUUGUUUUGAGAUGUUUUCAAGCAGCUGAUAUUCAGGGCACUGAACAGUCGACUUCACAAAGCUCAUUUAUACCAAUAAUUACUGUAAAAUAUUAAAUAAAACUAUGUAGUGAUGUUGUAGACAUCAUAAAAUUGAUAUCAGAGGAAGUCGGAGAGACAACAGAAGGGGCUUUAUGAGGCAUUAAGUGUCUGUUGUCAGCCAGACAUUCUUCUAAGCACUGUGAAACAAAUAUCAAUAGAAGUGUGAGGAGUUGUUACCUAAUCAAGGAGUCAGACAUGUAAACAAAUAAUUACAACUUGUGAGAAUUAUUACAAUUAAUUUAUUAUUAAAUUCAUAUCAAUAAAAUAGAAAUUUCUAGGAAUAUUCAGAAAUACUUAGCAAACUCUGUCUCAUGGUUGCCAUGAUAUGAAGGUGGCAGGGCAGAGAAGGCUUCAAAGAUAUGUUAAAAUUUGAACUGAUUCUUAAGAUAUAAAAGAGUAUUCAGGAAAUAAAAGGGGAGGAAGAAGAAGGAGAAGCUAGGAAAUUCUACACAGAGGGAAAUUAUGUGCCAAUGGGUGUUAGGCUUAAUGUAAGUGUAAGUAAUCAAAGUGGCUGGCCCAAUGGUGUUAGGUUUGGACAUGGCACAAGAUGGAUUUGAAAAGACAGAAAUACAGGCCACUUGUAACCUUGUAUAUCAUCUAACGAAUUUGGACAUUUCAUCUUCAUCUGUACCACAAGAAGAACAAUGACGUAAUUUAAGCAAAGUUUAUAAGGAUCAAAACUGAUUUCUAGAUAAAAUAAACAAAACGAAAACUCAAGUAAGUUUUUGAAAAUAACUGUCCUAUUGUUUUUAUCAGGUUUAUGGAGCUUGUUAUUUAAUGGCAUACUCUCCACAAUGUAAUCUCUAGGAAUCAAAAGAGAAAAAACAAAUCAAAUAAAAAUGGAAUAAAUUUACAAUGUUUAAGCUUUGGGAAGAGGCAGAGGUGACUUUAGUAAUUUAAUUGUGUUAUUUAUCUUAGUAAGGAUGCUAUUUUAAAGGCACAUUAACUAAUUUGAUGAAAGGAAGAUUCCACAGAGUCUAGUCAUCCCAGCACUUUGAUAGUGGGAUGCUUCCUGGGUUAUUAGGCGCAAGGUAGGGGAUAAGCAGCUCAAUGAUUGAGGGCGAGUUUUUUGUUUUGUCCCUGGCUUUGAGGCUUUGGGGAUACUGCUGUGACAAAGCAAAUGAUAUCAGUAUGUCUAUGAAUUGGGAGGAAAAGGUGCUGUACUUUCAGUGUGGGGAUCAUAUUUUGUAAGAAAUAAUUAUGGGACAAAAUGAUCUAUGAAGCUUUCAUGUGUACUACAUUUCAUUUCCCUGUCAAAUAAUACUAACUGGUCUGAAAUCACUCAUUUAGUCGGAAUGGGAUGAUUAUACAUAGAAAAAAAAAUAUGAAUAUACAGCCCCCAAAUAAAGAAUGAAUUUGUUUAAACUUCUGAUGAAAAAUAUGUACUUUAUAUUAGGGUAUCAAUAGGUCAAUAUGAAUAAAGUUCUGUAUUUGUUUCCUGGUGACCUCUAGACAUUUUUGCUUUUAGCACACCAAUUUUCUGCAAUGUACAGGUAGAGCAGCUACAUUUUCAUAGACUGCUUUCUUGUUUCUUAAGAUUCUUUUUUCUUACCUCCUCCACUCUCACUCCUUUGCACACUUAUUGCUAAUCAAUAAGAUGAAAAAAAAAUUCUUGACUGCUCAUUUAUUUUCUAAGGGAUUUCAGUAAACCAAAUGUACCAAUGGAAUAAUGCUUAUUUGCUCCAAGGCAAAUUAGUCCUUUGAACUUCAAACGUCAGACAUACAUUAUGAAUUUAUAAUAAAGCACACCUCUCUCAACAGCCUCUGACCUCUUCAAAGACUUUGCUAUCAAAUAUUGUUAACAUUCAGGGACCUUAGAAGUUAAGAUAGAUACAGAGAAUUUAGCAUCAUGGCUAGAGAAAUUUAAUGGGCGUGAUUAAUUUCUUGAAAAAUAGAAAGUUAAAUAAAAAAUUAAAAGGACUAAAAUAAUACAGAAUUAUUUUAAAGUGAAGAGGUUGAUGGGUUAAGAUGUUGAAUAUUAUACAGAGACUGACAGAUUCCUUAUACUCAAUUAUGUGGUUUUUGAAGAGAAAGACUUUAUUUUUAUAUGAAAAAAGAAAUGUUCAAUAGUGUAUGCCCCACCUACAAGGUAAAUCCAUUCCUUUUCAAGGUAAAAAGACUUGUACCUGGUUAUUAGGGUAUAUGAUUGUAGAAAUGCUAUUUUGGUGAAAGCACAUAAGUAUAGAUGAGAUUAAGUGAUGAAUAUCAUACGUUUGGCAUAAGAUAUUAUUAAUAUCAAUGCUAAGAUGGUUACUGAAAAUCCAUAUUUACAAUAAAAGUUUUAUUUUUAUAAUGCCAUGGUAGGCUUACAUCACCUACUAAUUUGUGGGCCUCUGGCAAUAGUGCUAAUCAAAGGGACAGGGUGGAUAAACCUCUUAUAAAAAAUUUAAUGGGGACUCUUGAUUUUUCAGAGGAAGGAUAAUGAGAAAAAACACAUAUCCUGUGUCUGAAAAAACACUGGGAGAAAAUUAACUUCCUGUUAUUGUUGCUACAGGUUUUAAAAAAUACUUUCAAGGCAGAAACUAUUUUUUUCAAAAUAAGUUAUUUAUUGUGGUUGAUAACCUAUUUUCAAGUGAUCAGAGAAACUAAUUAUUACUUUGUUCCAUAUUUAUUGUGCAAGGCUCAGUGUCUUACAUGCAUUUGAACUCCCAUUGCUUUCAUAAGUUGAAAAGAGAUUACCUGCAACUUUCUCAUAUCCCCUUGAUGUGCAGUGUGUUUUACUCUUCUUUUACAGUCUCUAAGAUGGUAAUAAAAACUUUAGUUUAAACUAAUAUAUUAUCUGUCAAACCUGCCUCAAUGUGUGAGAAAUUACCAAGACACUAUCACUUUUUAAGAUUCCUAUUUAUAUGCGUUAUUGAAGUUAGUAAAUCAUUUAUUAUUAUGGAAAGUAAAAGGAAUAAAGAAAAUCUGAAGAUAAAACAGUAUUUAUUGAAGUAAUAACCUAUACCUAUAGUGUAUUCAAGUAAUCCACCUUUCUCUAUUUACCUCUCUAUAAAAAAACUUAGUAAACCAUGUUCAUAAUUUUUUUGAGAUUCAUGAUUUCAUGUCUUUUUAUUUUAUUUUGAAGUCGUUUAUAGAAUUUCUAAGGUUUUAUCCUUUCAAUAGAUCUUAUCCAUGAUAAAAAUGUCUCAUUUUUACACAAGUAGAUAGUAUAUGAGUUUUUUAUGUUUAUUCAUAUAUAAAUACCAACAAAUUAUCAUUCCCUGUGAAAAGAACAGGAAAGACAGUAAACCAGUACAUUAUCCAAGGGUUUGACUUCCCAGCUUUAUCAAUCUUUCACUUUGUGAAAAUUCCUGAACUCUCUGAGCCUUUUUUGUCAGUAAGUUGGGAUAAUAAGGACAAUAAUAACACAUAAUUAAGAGGUUUGCUAUAUAUAUAUAUUCUUUAACAUAGUGUCUGGAAUAAUAGCUCAAUAUAUGUUCACUAUUUCAGUACUUUGUCAGUUAAAGAGCUGUUUAUAUUUCUUCAAGAAAAAGUCUAGCAAAAUCAGAAAAUGAAUGAAGGCUCCAAAAGCAUAAUUGUACUCUUUAAUAACAGUGGUCCCAUCACAGCAGAUUGGGAGAUUUGUACUUUGUCAGCACUCAGCACAUAUUAAGGAAACAAUCAAUCAAGACAUUAUUACAACACAGCAAUCCGUAAUCCAUUAUUCAUUUCUGAAAUACUAGUUGUAAGGCAAAGGUUGGAGCUGAUUACUCAUCUUAUGCUAUCAUUUUGUAGUGAAUGAGAGAAAUGACAUCUUUCUCAUGGACCAAAUUCACAUUAUUGUUAAAUACAAUAGAAUCAGAAGGACAUGAUCCAAGGGCACAGACAAGUCAUCUUCCCAUUAGCAUUGGUAGCACAAUGCCAAACCCACUUUUACACCUUUUAUAAUUUCCUCAUACUUCGUUACUUAUGAAGUACAAGAAAGGGGAAUUUAGUGUUACCUAAAUUUUCAAACUCUGUGUUUAGAUUUCCAUUUAGAAAGGAAUGCAUUCAGGUCUUGUUAUAUGCAGUAGUUAUGUUCUAUAAAGUCACCUCAAACACUUUAUUUGUGAAUUCUGAAACGCUGCUCCUAGGGGAGAUAAAGAUUUGCGUUCCUGGAAAACUCUGAUUACAUUUCCAUAUAUCAAUCAAUACACACCCUUGUUUUAUAUACGUUUCUGUUUAAAGACACCUUAUUUCACACAUACUGUUGAUUCGUUAACGUUGAACUCCUGGCCAACAACAGUAUAACUCGUUCCUGAAUAAAGCUUAUCUAACACAUUUCCUCUGUAAGGCAUAUCACAGAGUUUUUGUGCUUAGGAACAUUAAACAGCACUUCAGCACCAUGUUUGGGGUCUAUUUCAAAUGGCAAAAUCACCAACAAAAGCAAAAACAUACAAAAAAAAAGUGGCACUAAAUAGACAUUAAAAAAGACACUUGGUUACAAUAUGAGAGCUGAAACAGCAUUGCCUUGUUCAACCUCAGCUGGGAACAUGUGCAUCCGUGACUCAAAUUUUUCAGAGCUCUACAUGUCUGUGAAUAACUGCAAAAAUGUUGUGAAUAUUGAUUUGUGCAUUACAAAUUUUAGCAAGUAUAUACAUUCACGAAUAUAGAAUCCAUGAAUAAUGAAGAUUCUUUAUUCAGAACCAUUUAGGAGAGCAAUGGUACAAAGAUGAUUUUAUAAUAAAAAAUAAUGAAAGCAUUUAUUGAAUAAAUGUCAGGUCAGGGACUUUAUAUUCAUUUAGCAGCCAUGACUAUACUGCUGUUUUACAGACAAAGAAAAGUAAAGGCUUAAAGAAAUAAAACUAAGGUCAUACAACUACAAGUGGACUAGACAGUGUUGGAACCAAUGUCUGCUCAAGUUCAAAGCUUCAACCACUAUGCUAUACUUCUCAUUAUAAGCAGUACAAUACUCAAUUAUUCACAAUAGAGCAAUGCUAGUAGCUAAAAGAACAGCAUUUUACAUUUUAGUGCUUCUUUGAUUUUUGAAUCUCAUGUUCAAAGCUUUACCUCACAUCUUUGACUAUGCUAUUGAAAUGUAAAAUAAUAUUUUCCUCUUUGUAUAUUUUGUGAGGCCAUAUUUUUCUCCAAUUUACAUCAUUUAAAUAUUUUCAUAGUUUUCUCAAUGUAUAUUCCCAUUAAAAAUGAUUCAUAGCUGGGUGUGGUGGCAUGUGCUUUUAGUCCCAGCUAAUCAGCAUGCUGAGGCAUGUUGAUUGCUUGAGCUCAGGAGUUCAAGUCCAGUCUGGGUGUUAUAGCAAGACCCUGUCUCCUGAAAAAAAAAGGAAAUGAUUUGUGAAUCAGUCAUUAUCCCAAGGUUUAUUUGUAAGUGAGUCUUUUGGAAAUUUUCUAUAUAAACACAGCAGGUAGUGUCCUAAACCAGCCCCUCUAAGCCCAUAUAUCUCAUAGUGAAACUACACUGGAAAAAGAACACCAAUAGCACUUUUGGAACCACCUUCUACAACAAUGUUUCCUUGAGAAAACACAGUUCCUAGUUGAAAGGCUAAAAAUAUAUAUCCCUAGUGCAAUUGAUUAGGAACUCACAUUCACUUGAUGAAUGACAGGUAUGGAGACUCCUCGAGAUCAGAGGCAUUGCUGGAGGUCUGAGAAAGGAAAUGGAUGGGACUCCAGAAGCUUUGGGGCAGGAGAGUGUGAAAAGAAGGAAACACUGAGAUCUGAAAUUUGGAAAGAGUGAAGUAGCUGAGAGUAAGGAAUGGAGACCAGAAAGGUUCCUAGUCAUUUUAGCACUCUUUAGAUCCUCUUAGAAUCAGCUACUACCUAACUGGUAUAUUUUAUCAUUAUUAUUAUUAUUAUUAUUAUUAUUGCUACUAUUCAGAUUUUGACUGGUAAACUAACUUUUUUUAUAACCACCAUUUGUUGUUUUUGACUAUUUCUGUACUAUACUGGAGAAAAUAAUUCUACAGAUUUUAAAAUUAUAAUUUAUAUUCUUAUCUCUAAUGUUCAGAUUACAUCAAUAAUUAGAGUAUUUAGUGCUGUUAAUGAAAAGAAACAAGCUUCUCAAGUAAUUUCUUACUAUUUCUCUUCUUCUCUUUUUUCCUUCUGCGUUUGCUGUGUCUCAAAUUUCAGUGUAAAUAAAAAUCACCUAAGGACUCUAUUGUUAAAAAAAAUGUAUAGAUAUGUGGACGUCACCUCCUGAUAGUCUAAUCAAGUAGAUUUGCUAUGGAGUUCAGGAAUCUGUAUUUGUAACCUGUAUCCCAGGUAUUUGGCAUAGAGAUUAUAUGGUACACCGUCUACUUGAGUCAUGUGACUUAGAGCAUAAAAGAAAAUGAAGUUCAUACAUGAAUGUUACCAAAGAAACUUUACUUACAAAUAUGCCAAAGUAAAUGCAAUCAGCAUUUCAGAGAGGCCAGGAACAAGUUCUAUAAAAUAUCUGAUCACCUUAUUAGGAAGAGGAAGUUGGUAAGAAGGGUGUCACUUUGGGGGAAGGGGUGUUGUGAAUUUGGCCUUGGAGAAGUUAUUCCUCUCAGUCUCAGUUCUCAAGAGGAAAAUGAGAGAUUAUACAUAUGUAUCUUUCCUGUUCACACCUUCUCUUUUUCUCUUUUAACUGGUAAUUAGGUCAUUAAAUGUUUUACCUUUAUAGGGUUUAAGUAGAAUAGGAAGAGAGAAACUAAGAUCAGAGAAGGAUGAUUAACAAUGCUUACAUCAACAGAUUGAGAGGGAAAAUGAUUAAUGAGUCUUUGUCUAACAGAUAACAUAGCUGAAUGACACUUUCUAGGAAGAUGUCCCUCUGUUAGUGAGUGGGCAACAUUAUCAUUAUCAUCACUGUCAUCAUCAUCAUCAUCAAUAUUAUAAUAGUUAUCAGCAUAUAGAGCUACUAUGGAUUGAGGAUUAAGGCCUACUAUUACUACCUUGUAGAAUGAUAUGUUGAAGUCUUGACCCCCAGUGUGACUAUUUGGAGAUAGGGCCUUUAUUGCAGUAAUUAAGGUUAAAUGAGGUUAUAAGGGUAGAGCCAUGAACUGAUAGAAUUAAAGUCCCUAUAAGAAGAAGAAGAGAGACCAGAGCUCUCUCUUCAUACCCACAAUCAGAGGAAAGGCCAUAUGAAGACAUAGGGAAAAGACAGCUGCAUAUGCAAGGUAGGAAGGGAAACUUUACCAGAAACCAGAUUGGCUGACACCUUGAUAUUGGACUUCCCAGCCUCUAGAGCUGUGAGAAUUAAAUUUCUGUUUUUUAAGCCACCUAGUCCACAGUAUUUUGUCAAGUUUCUUAGCAGACCAAGAAAAGAGUUUUAACAUAUUCUCAUUUUGUUGUGCUAUAAAUUCUAAGACAAAUUAGUAUAAGCCAUUGGUUGUCAAAGAACCCAAGUCUACAGUAAGUUAUUAAAAGUAAUGGCAAAAUCCGCAAUAACUUUUGCACCAACCUAAUAACUUGCUCAAGGUCACAGAGUCAAUAAAAUGAGUGUGUGUGUGUGUGAGGGUGAUGCGGGUGGGUGUUACAUAGAACUCAGGCAGUUUAACUUCAGAAUCUAAACUCCUAGAGAUGAAACAAUACAUACUUCUCAUAGAUGUGUGUAAUUUAACUCUUAAAUUUUUAGUAUGGACAUACAAUUUAAAGAUUUUACUUUUAAAAAUCACUGUUCAUCUUAAGUUAUUUAUUUUUUGAGAAGUUUUGCAAUUCAUCAUUGUAUAAACCUACUGUUACAUGUUGAAUAGGCCCUUUAUCAAUAAAUUUAUUUGUAUUUCUGUUUUAAAGAGCUUAUGAAUCUUUAUAAUACAGACGAGAAUUUUGCAAUUCAGUUAGAGGAGAUUUUUUUUUCUCUAAUAGGUUGAAAUAUUUCUAGAUACUAACGCUUUUGUUGCAGAAUUCAAAGGAAAAUUGUCUAAGGGCAGCAUGUAUUUUAGAAGAGUUUCUCAAAUGCUUUCCUGUCUUUUGUUAUACUUUAUAUUUUCAAGUUCUUUGAAAGUAGGUACAUUGCCUCAUAUUCAAAAGACGUUAGAAGAACCUAAACUAGAUUUCUAUUGGUUUAAUUCAACAUUUCUUUGAAAAUAUGUAAGUUGUCAGAGGCAGAAUUUCCUCAAGGAGGUCCGAAAUUUCAGUUCAGAAAAGACUAGCUUGUCUGUAAGUACACUAUUUCAAAGCAUUUAACACUGUGAUAUAACUUGAGAAGAACACGAGACUCCAUGUAAGAUAUCUGAAACAUCAGCUGGGCGUAUUUUCAAACAGAAAUAUUUCCUACAAAGAUUGAUUCCUUUGUUUGAACUAAAACUUUUUAAUGCUUCAGCUCAAUGUACAGUCAUGUCAGAAUUUGCAGUCAUUGCAAAUGGAAAAUAACAAAUAUGAGGGGGCUAAUCACUGGAAUAUAUUUUCACAUCAAGGGAAGAAAUCAUUUUUGUUAUCAUCUUUAAGUGAAACUUCAAUAGAUUUUAAAUUUAUCAGAUAACUUUCUGAACAAAGGAAAUGAUAACCAUGCCUUGUUGUUUAAUGUCUUUUCCUAUUAUGUUGCUAAUUUAACUUACUUUUUUUUUUCUGUUUUUUGAGACAGAGUUUCACUCUUGUUGCCCAGGCUGGAGUGCAAUGGCACAAUCUCAGGUCACUGCAAACUCCGCCUCCUAGGUUCCUCCUGCCUCAGCCUCCUGAGUAGAUGGGAUUACAGGUGCCUGCCACCAUGCCCAGCUAGAUUCUGCAUUUUUAGUAGAGAUGGGGCUUCACCAUAUUAGCCAGGCUGGUCUUGAACUCCUGACCUCAGGUGAUCCGCCUGCCUCAGUCUCCCAAAAUGCUGGCAUUACAGGCGUGAGCCACCAUGACUGGCCAAUUGAACUUACUUUCUGAUAGUUGUACCUUACCAUCAAAAUAAUAUGUUUCUCUAGUGGUGUCACUUUAGUGUUCUUAAGCAAUCAGUCAAGAUUUCUGCACCUCCUUUUUAGUGGCACAAAAUUAUUGUUGUAAUAUUAUAAUACAACAAUAAUUGUAUUAUUAUAACAAUAAUUUUGUGCCACUAAAAAGGAAAUUGGUAAGUGGAAAAUUGCAAGAACAACUAUCUACUUCUCCCCCAGGAUAUUAAGUGGCCAUUAGGGACUGACCUUUCCUUCCCUGUAGAGUGAUGCAUACUGAAGAACAGCUGUGCCCAGGCAUCUAUGCAGCCUGACCUGACAUUCCCUGUAUGCUAAUGUGCCAGCACCAAGGUCAGUCAUCGUUCUCAGCAAUGUCUGUUUCUGGUAGCUCUUCUUGAAGACUUAUGGGUGCUAAAAGCAGCGUCUCUUGGUAGCUCCUUAUAUUACCAGAGACUUCUUCCAAUCUCAUUUCUCAUUGGCACUGAGUCUGAGUCACAAUUACACACCUCUGAUUUCUGCUCCUUUGCCUUCUUCAAAUUACUUAAUCACACAUUCUUCCCUGAGGCUAGAUGUUAGAUUUACUGAUUCUGCUAGAUUUCAUUACCUUAAAGCGGCACAGUUCUCCCAUCCCACUCAUGCCUUAAAGGCAUUCCCAGGUAAGAUUUGCAAUCUCUCUCUCUCUCUCUCUCUCUCUCUCUAUAUAUAUAUAUAUAUACAUACCUAUGAUUGUCAUAGAUGUCAUAUAUAGUCAUAUAUUUUCAUAUAUAUAUGGUAUCAUCCUUAAAUGUCUUAUCACAUGGGAUCCCAUAGAUACAAACCCGAUAAUUCAUCAAAUUCAUUGUACCCUGAAGAAGAAUGUAUUGCAACCUAUAAUUUAACAAAACCACAUGCAUUGCCAAAUUAAGUAUUCUUUCUGGUUUAACAGAACAGAUGAAUGUCACUGCAUUUCGCACCUUAAUAGUAGUGGUUAUAGUAAUAUUGGUCAAAUGACCAUAUAUCAUCAAUAUAUUACCAUGGAAGAAAAAUUAAGCAAUAGAAAUCUUUGGAUACCCAAUUAUUAUGACUUGAACAGAUGAUAAAAGUUGCUACAAAGGAAUCAUAUUCUAAAACGCUAAUUUAUUAGAACUGUUAACUUAAAGGAGAUCACACAGAAUAUUUGGUAGUGAAGUUACUGUAUGCUCUUUACAACCAGUGAAAACAUAUUUUGGCUCCUCUGUUUUUUUUUUGUUUUUUUUUUUUGAGACGGAGUCUCGCUGUGUCACCCAGGCUGGAGUGCAGUGGUGCGAUCUUGGCUCACUGCAAGCUCCGCCUCCGGGGUUCACGCCAUUCUCCUGCCUCAGCCUCCCGUGUAGCUGAGACUACAGUUGCCCGCCACCAUGCCCGGCUAAUUUUUUGUAUUUUUAGUAGAGACGGGGUUUCACUGUGUUAGCCAGGAUGGUCUCGCUCUCAUGACCUCGUGAUCCGCCCGCCUCAGCCUCCCAGAGUGCUGGGAUUACAGGUGUAAGCCACCGCGCCCCGCCGAUUUUGGCUCCUCUUAUACAUUCUAGAAAUCAUAUUCCCAGAGUAUGUGGUGUUAUCUAAACUGCAUACUGAUGAUAAGAUUUGGGUUAUAGAGUGCUAUUUAUAUUUAGCCAUUAGUGACAGAGUGUGGAUAUUUAUUAAUACUCCCACAUUAAACCAAUUAAAUUAUACUACUCAGGAUCUGCUGUUAAUGCUUUUUAAGCGUAAAUGUUUGAUUGAUUAAGUUCUAACAAACAAUUAAAAUGACUUUUUAAUCUUUAGGUAAUGUAAGAAAACAAUAAAAUGUGAAUGGCCACUUGAAUAUAAUCUUGUCUGGUUUUAGCAAAAGCAGAGGUGAAAAAUGUAAUUGUAGAGUUUAAGAAGUAUGUUAGCUAUUUCUAAAUUGUAAAUGUCCCAUAAUUAUAAAUAUAGCUUAUUUUUAUUAUGCUUAAUACUUUUAAUAUUGUCUUCUAAUAUAGCAAAAUACGAGGGGAAAUCAUUCUUUUAAGUAAAAGCAAUACAUCUUUUAUUCAAAUAUUACUUACUUUUUAGGCAUGGAUAUAGGAGAUACGCUGAAAUAGAGGAGAUUGGUGUUUCUUAUAAGCCAUGGGUAAUAAGAAAUCAGAGAUAGUGGAAGAAUCAAACUAAAAACAUAAACACACAUACACAAAUACACAAAUAAUCAUAGUGGCUCCUCUUAUAAAAGAUUUCCCUUUCUGGAGAUUCAGUUACCCAUGGUCAACCACCAUUUGAAUAUAUUGUAUGGAAAAUUUUGGAAAUAAACAAUAACUUUUACAUUGCCGCCUCUGAGUAGCGUGAUGAAAUCUCACACUGUCCUGCUCCAUCCCAUGUGGCCUGUGCAUCUUCUGUCUCUGGGCUCUAUAUGCUGCCUGCUCGUUAGUCACUUAGUAGAAGAUUGACCUGCAGAAUUGCAAUGAUUGUGUUCAAGUAACUUUUAUUUUACUGAAUAAUGGCCCCCAAAGCUCAUGAGUAGUGAUGCUGGCACUUCAGAUAUGUCGAAAAGACGUCAUAAAAUGCUUCCUUUUAAGUUAAUAGGUGAAAGCUCUGGAAUUAACAAGGAAAAAAAUAGUGUGCUGAGAUUGCUAAGAUCUGUAAGAAUGAAUCUUCUAUUUGUGAAAUUGUUGAACUGUAUGUUGUUAGAAUUUUCUAUUUUAUUAUUAGUUAUUGUCAUUAAUCUCUUACUGUGCCUAACUUAUAAACUUUAUUAUGUAUGUAUGUACAGGAAAAAAACCCCUGCAGUCUCAGGCACCCACUAGGGGUCUUAGAACACAUCCCCCUCAUAAGGGGGGAUAUUCAGUUUAAAUACAUACAAAUAGAAAUAUAUUUUAUAAAAACUUGUUGGUGUGAAAUAGCAAAUGUCUUACUUUAAAAUGGCUUAUAAUCACAGUAAAAAGGAAAACAACCUAUUAUGGAAUCAAUUUUAUUAAAGAAACAACUUGAAUGCUUUACAUGAAUAUUUAGGUGUAGGAAAAUAAUUUUAAAUCAAUCUUUUUGGUGACAACAUUAAUGCAAAUCUUUUCUAAAAGAGAGGUUACUUAAUAGGUUCAGUGUAUUCAACUUAGAAGAUGUGUUAUUUAGACAUAUUUUUAUUUUGUGUGUAUAGUUUCUAAUAUUUAUUUAUUUACCUGAUCAGAAAAAUGGGGGAAAUCAUUCAUUUGAAUUUUGAAAUCAGCUUUUAAUAAGUUAUCUUAUUUAUCAGGAAAAACUGGAUUUAGUGAUAUACUCUGUGUGUGUUUGUGUGUGUGUGUGUGUGUGUGUGUGUGUGUAUUAUGAGAAAGGGAGAGAGAUUGAUAGAAUGCCCAGAGGAAGAUUUUGUUCUUUUUCAUAGCAAGUUUUACUAUUACAGCCUUUACACAGAAAAUCAAGGAAAAGAAAAUAUACUUUAAAAAUUGUUGAUAAUUUUGCUCAGUGUUUAAAAAACUUUCUUAGUCAUAGGCAUAUGUUUUUCAGAGGUGGAUAUUCACCUGAUACAAAGGGACUCUAGCUUAAUAUAGUGAAUAAUAAUUUUAUUUCUGACAAGAAGUGAAAGAGAAGGAAAGCUAAGAUAAAAUAUAAAACAAGAGAAAAAUAAAGAAAAAGGAAUGUAAUAACUCUCACAAGACAAACAAUACGAAUCAUAUUCCUAAAAAUACAGUUUUUAAAAAUAUGAAAGAAAUAUUUACAUUAUUUUAGGUGAUUUAAUUGUUUUCCACUUCUAGUAUUUUAGGUGGCUAAAAAAACAUCUGGUUCAACAUGUUAGUAGUGAAAAAAGGCAUUCAUAUAUUCUAUCAGUUGGCGAGAUUGAAAUCUGCUUAUUAACAAAAUAUGUUAACUAAUUUUUAUUGACAUUUGAGAUUUCCUUGUAUAUUUAGACAAAACAAAAUUUGAUUUUGCUAUUGAAAAGGUAUUACGUGUUUAGUAAUUUUUUUCCAAGUUCUUUACAAAUCAUUUUCUAAAUAUAUACCAGUAUCCUGUAUUUAGCUCCCAGAAAGCUUUAAUUCACUGCUUGUAUAUAAGCUGGUUUUUCUUUUUUUUUUUUUUUUUGGUCUUUUUUUUCCCCCUGCAUUAUCUAUGUGUGUUUACAUCCUGGAUUGUAAUGGCCUCCGUAGAAAUAUUAUGGCCCAUCUUGUUGAUAAUCCAUAUUUUAAACUCUCUAAAUACAUGGAUGAUAUUAUCAGCUAUCAUUGUACUGAUCCCCACUUGAAGUAUGUAAAUACAUAUUUACCAGCUUAAUCUGUGUCUUGAAAGGCCCAUAUGUGUGUGUUUAUAUGAUAAAGUAUAUUUAUGCAUGUUGUAACUAUUUAUUAUUAGUAGUAGUAUUAAAAUAAUACACAAAGCUAUAAGUUACAUUUAACUAUAAGGGACACAUUGAGUUUGAGAACUUAACAUUUUCCUUUUUGGGGAAUUGUUCCACAACCUAUUGCAAAAGUAUUGAUGGCAGUGGCGGCUCAUAUGGAGCAGCCACUGCCGUGAUGCCAGCUGCAGUGAGGGAGGCGCAGUUGGCACUGUGUCCUCCACCAAGCAAGCAGGAGCACUGCCCUCCUAGGUGCAGCGGCUGCUGCCCAAGCUAGCGCUGUGGAUCCAGGCAUCCCUGUGCACUUGGGGGCCGGGAGCAGGCAGGAUCCCUGACUUCCCAGUCGCAGCUAUAGCCACCCAACCCAUGGCUGUGGACCCAGGCAUCUCUUCACUCUUGGGGACCCAGGAAGCCUCCCUGCCCACACGGGCUCAGAAAUGCCUGGUCCUGCUGCUUAGCCUCUCCCUGCUUCCCGCGCCAGAUCUCAAAGCAAAGGUGAGGCUGAUCCAGGGCGCUGUCACAACCUGGCCAGGUGAACACACGCGCACGGCAGCGCUGAGAUGCCGGCUCCCUGCUGCCUCAGCCCCCUCUGGACUUUGGGCACCGAUGAGCAUGGGAGGGAGGCUGAAGUGGGGCUGAGGGCAGCUUGGCACUGGCCUACAGCUGCCCCUUAGCAUAAGCCUGGGCACUAUGAACAGCGGUCGGAGGCAGACAGGUUCCUGGGCAGAAAGGGGCAGGUCCCUGGUGAAGCCCCACCUUCAAGCCAGGGCGGCUUGAAGUCUGGGGGCCUGGCUGCAGAAUGGAGUGAGAACUUAUGGCUCUUUUUUCAGGCCCACCCAUGGCUGCCUAUGGACGAGUCAGCAUACACUUUUCCCCUCUGAAACCCAUAAAAAACCCAGACUAAUCCAGACAAGCAAAACUCAGGCAAAGGCACCAGUGGCCAUAGAGUUUUCUGGCUGGUGAAGCAACACCCCAAGUUUCCCUAAACAAUAUGCUCGUGGCUUUUGGGCUUUCUUUUAACAUUUUAUUUUCUUUGUCCUAGAAAGUAUGAACAUACUACCUAAGAUUCUAUAAGAAUAUGAGAAGUGCUUUUUGGAUUUUAUUUUUCUUUUUUGGACUAAAUUACUUCAAAAACAUGGACAUGUGGCAGGAUGAGGUAACUUCUCUAAUAACCAAAACAACCAUUGCAUGACAUAUAAGUUUUAGACAUUCUCCACUUUACAAAGAAUUCUUACAGGCUGGAUACUCAUGGUUACCAUGCUACUUAGGUUAUGUCAAUUUUAGGGACUUUUUUUUCUUUUUUUUUUUUUUGAGACAGUGUCGCCGUGUCACCCCAGCUAGAGUGCAGUGGCACGAUCUCGGCUCACUGCAACGUCCACCUCCCAGGUUCAAAUGAUUCUCCUGUCUCAGCCUCCUGAGUAGCUGGGAUUGCAGGCACCCCCCACCAUGCCCAGCUAUUUUUUGUGUUUUUAGUAGAGCAGGAUUUCACCAUGUUGGCCAGGUUGAUCUUGAACUCCUGACCUCGGGAUCCACCCGCCUUGGCUUCCCAAAGUGCUGAGAUUACAGGAGUAAGCCACCGUGCCUGGCCAAUUUUAGGGACUUUCAUGCCAUUUGUAGUGUUUGGAGUAUAUUCUUGUCUUAUUUCUCUGAAAUUUUAUCCACUGAUUCAAGCUAGAAACUAAUCUUUUUUAUGGUGUUGAAUAUGAAGAAUUUGGAAAAUAAAAUCAAAUACAGGAUUAAAUCGUAAUUUGAAUAUUUGUAGGGUUUCCUCUCUAACUAGAUUGAGAACUAAACUACUCACUCCCCAUUUUUCAUUUUGUCAGUAGUUGCUCAGAUAUUCUUGAAAAAAAAUGUAUUAGAAAGUGAAGUAUUGCUACAUUUUAGAGUCAGGUCUCUUAGUUCCAUCAUGCAUUGGACACCACAGAAAGAAGUUUGGUAAUUUAAGCCCUGAAUGCACUUACAUACAUGAUAUCACCCCAAAAGGGCAUUUAUAAGGACACUUGUUGACUUGUAGUUUGGAUACAUUCAUUUCAGAGCCAAACACUGUCACCAACAGGUACCAUCUCUUAACCUCAUUCCUCUGGUUUGUUCCUUUAAAAGACUUUGCUAUGGGGCCCCAGAAGUAGGCCCAGCUUAUAUGUUCUCAGCAUGCAAUCUUCUCCAGAGUGCACACAUUAGCUGUGAUAUUCACCCCAUCUCCCUAUGAAAAUGAGCCACAAGGCCAUCCCUGAACAAAUAUUAGUGUCUGUGAGGACAGAAGGUGCUGUUUCUAAUGGGCCUUGCUUGUCCUUGGCCUCAGAUUCAGAGACUGAAGGUGAAGACGUUUGUCCAGAGCAAAUCUGGACAGUUACUAAAAUAAAUGAAGUGGAUUCCAGUCUGAAGGCAACAGCAAAUAUUCAAUACAUGUGGCCUUUGUAUUUUAAUUUUAAUAAGUUUAGACUGUGUUCACCAGAGCAUUUUAUAAUGUGUGUGUAAUUGCAUGUAUAUGUGUGUGUGUGUGUGUGUAUGUAUGUGCAUGUGUGUAGCUGAAUACUCCUUUAACAGACCUAGUCUUCUAGAAAAGUUUUAACUAGUAAAGGCAGAUAUUUUUGUUGGUGAUGUUGGGAGGUUUACAAUAUUUGGGCUUUUCCAUCUGUCUCUGUCUACAUGUAAAAUACAACCACUUAAAUCUCAAAGCAGGGAAUACAGUAGCACUCCUUCUUAAUGAAUGUUCAGUCAGAAUUAUCUUUGCUGAGGGCACACACCUGUGUGUAGCUGGCAUCUCAAACCUGGGUCUACCUGAAGUUCACUGCCGAUAGUAAUUGAUUUUCUUCCUUCAGUCAGCUUAACAUAGAUCAAGAGUGAAGUGGCACUUGGCUACACACACAAUCUCAGGAGCUGCAAUUUUGCUGUUGCCUGUCAUACAGAACCCUUCUUUCGUGGUUUCCAUAGAGGCUGGGCAUGUUUCUGAAUUUAAUUUUGAAACACUGCCUGAUUCCUUCCUAUAUAUCUGAGUUAGAGAGACAUCUCACACUGCCAGAUCUGAAAAGAAAAUCACUCCCUUCACCUUCAUCCAGUUCAUUACUUUCCCUCUUCAUUAGUGCUUGGAAUAGUUUUAUAAUAUUGGAUUCCCAUUACCCAAAACAGGAGAUAAUAUUUUAUUCUUAUUUUUGAAAUCUUAGGAUUAACAGUUAACGUCAUUACAAAAACACUGAUGUAUACAAAAAUUGAUGCUAUUUUGUCAUUUUAUUCACAAAUUGGAAGUAAUUUUAUGCUAUUCUAAGUUCAGAAAAGAGAUGAAAUGUCCUUAUUUCUAUAAUUUGAGGAAAAUAACACAGAAUUUUGGGGGCUAAAAGAGGUCAAAUCGUCAAUGGGACCCAUGCUGGGCUUUUUUGGAAGUCUCAUACAAAGCCUAAAAAAAGUUUCAAAGGAAAAGGGCGAGAGAGGAAGAGGGGCCAAGAAUUACACUUUUCUGUUCAAUGCAGGUAGCUUUCAGGAGUGGGAUUUGAACCACAUUAGAAUUAAUUUACUAUGUAUACAUAGGGAGAGCAAGUAAGGGAAAUAAAUUUUCUUUUCCAGUAUAAUGUUUAAAUAAGACUUAGGUCGUAGGUAAAUUAUUUUGUAGCAGAUGUUGCCCUCAGACAUAAAGGUGACUAUAUGAGGAUUUAUUGGAUUUCAAAAAUGACCAUACCAUGUAGAAGAAAAAUUAAGGAAAAACAUAAUUUUAAAUUAUGAAGUUAAAUGAAGCUACAUUUGAUGUUAGUAAAGUAUCAUAUUGUGUGCCUAGAGAAGUCUAUGCUAGUAUUCCUAUCAAAUUCUCUCCUACCUUUUCUGCUCCUAAUUUCCCAAGCUAAGAAUCCUGGAGUUAUGCUAGGUUCUCCCUCCCCUCAUCCUCACCUCCAGCUGUUCUCUAACAUCUGUAAUUUCUCCUUUUGGAAUGUCAUAGUUUUUCUCACAUUGUCUUAACUGAUCCCAUAAUCACUUUUACCGGAACUAAUGCCAUGAUUGUAUAUUUUCCCAAGUACUUUUCUAGUAGGAAAAAUAAAGCAAUAGAGUCAUUGUGGAAGGACUCCAGAUAAAACUUCACAUUUAUGUUAAACCCUCCAUUUUUCCUAGCAGCCAUUUUUGAGCUACAAAGUAAACAUUAGAGUGUUUCCAUUAACAUUUGUCAAAAGAAUAAUUUUUUAUUAUAUUUGAUAUUGUUAUGUAAGAUAUUCACAUAGCUCAACAAAAGUGAAUCUCCAACAAAAGUGGAUGGAAUGGGUUAUAGAUCAGACUUUUCAAAUAUGGCAUCAUUUUAAAAUUAUUAUUAUUCUUGUUUUCUUUAUUGUUAUGAAAUAUGUUGAGUAUAAAAAUGAAAGAGAAAAUUUGCUGUUUAAAUUGCCUAACAUUUUAUAAACUAUAGCUAAUUCCUAAUUAUAUCCCUUGAUCUUAACUAUGUGAGAAAAGAAUUUAUUUUCAAUAGCAUAUUAUGCUGUUUUAAUUUUCACUGCUUCUAGUUCACUUAGUUAAACAUGAAAAACAAGCGUGGGGGGAAAUCACAUAAUUUUCAUGCGGUACACAUAGUAGUAGAACGAUCCCUGAUUUUUUCAUACAUAUGUUUGUCAAGAAGACUUUUAUAUGUGCCUAUAUUUAUGCAUUCCUUAUUUAGGUGGCUGUAGGCUAUUGUAAAACUCAUCGUCAUUUUCUUCAUUUUUAAAUUUUGCUACCUUUUAAAGCUAUCUGUCUUUUAAUAAAUUUGGAUAUUACAGAAAUGCUUAGAUUUAAUCACAUUUAUUUUUUGAAAAAUAAAUUAUCCUUAAAAAAUAACAUACCUUCAUGCUAGAGUUUUUAUUUAAGCUGCUCAUGAGGCAACAAUUACAUGAGAAUUCAGAGAGACAAGCCACCGAGGUACCGUUUUCAGUACCCAAGUGGCUUCUACAAAACAGAGCAUCCAGGGGUAUAUUUUCUUUUAACUUGACUUCAUCUCUCUCUAAUUAGUAGUGUGCAAUGUACCAUUAUGAUGCCUGCUUCACCCCCUUGGUUCUUGCACCUCCCUUCGGGGAUUUCCCAGCUGUUUUGCUCUCCUGUUGUAAUUGAAAUCUUACUUGUUCCAGCCUAUAAUUGAUAGUGAACCCAACCAUUUUAUGUUUGUCAUGCAACAGAUGUACAACAGAAAUACUCAAUGUAGCAUAUGGAAAAACUGCCCUACUAGAGUGAAAUUAGAGCCAUUCCUAUAGCACAGCUCCCAUUCUCUCAACAGUUUAGGUUUUUGCCUCCUUGCAAUUGCUUUGUUGCUGCACAAGUCAAUAUAAAAUUCUGGUAGUUAUUUAGUAGAGAAUGUUUCUUCUUUAACUUUGUUACAUGAUUGUAUAUAGUAAGGGUUACACAGAAUAAGAUAGAUACGUUAAAUAAAACAGGGUUCUCUGUAUAAUUCUCUUGUCAAAUUAUUUUAAAUUAUUUUGAUUAAAUAAUUAACCUUACAUAAACAUAUCAAUGCCCAUGAAUAAGUCAAGAUGUAUUUGAAUAUUUAACUAUAUUUUUAUUUUCCAAAUACUUGCAAAUGCAAAAGGAAUCUCCAAGUCAUCUAAUUCUGAUUACAACUCUAUUCAAGAGCCAGUUUUUGCUUUGAAAAGAAAUACUACCUUUCUAAUGUAAUAUAAAAGAUCUUUGAGUAGUUGAUUCCAUAUUAGAGGAUAUAUUCAGUAUUCAGAAAAUGGUGCUAGAUUUUUUUUAAUAUUGUUUGACAGACUUUUGUAUGGGUAUAUUGGGCCCUCAGUGGCUUGACUAUUGUGGGAAGAGAUGGUGUGAACAGAGCACCACAAGGGCUAAGGGAAUUGACCACAUCCUAGGAAUGGCCAACAACCUGUCCAGGUGGAGUGAGAUGCCCAAAUGCAGUGUCCAUGGCACUAAGAUUUUUAGGCAAAAGUCUCAUGAAGUCAGAUCAAGAAGGCAAAAUAUGAAAGAAGAAUAUUUGAAUAGUUGUGAAUCAGAAAAUAUAAUGAAUGGCUACUUCAUAGUUCCAACUAUUCUUUUCAGUUUUCUUCAGAACCCCAGGCAAUCCCUGAGAAUAUGAGGACUAGGGUGGCAGUGAAAAAUAAUUGACAAGUGUUUGGAGGUGUGAUAGCACAUCAGUCAAGGGCUUUACGAUGCACAUCAGAACUCUAAGCCCUGGUGGAGAGGAGAAGGGCUAAUUAGCUAACUCGGGCAGAGGACUGCAUGACUGAUGGUAUCAGAGAGGUAUUUUUGAAAAAUGAUUGAUAAUAUGAUAGUAAGUACAUCUGAAAAUGCAGAAGUGGAGACAGGGAGAUGAAGAUAAAGCUUGUUAAAAUAUGCAGGUAAGAUACCUGAACUGAAGAAGAAAAUGGCAAAGGCCACUGCAAGUACCCAUCGCACAGGAAGACGUUUCAGAGGCGUAGCUGGCGUGACUGGCUGCCACACUCUGUGAAGUAUGAAGCAAAAACUAGAAAAUGACCUAGGUAUCUGUAGCCUGACAGACUAGAAAUGCUUUGCCAUUAGUAAAAGAGGAAAGACUCUAGAGAAAAGAAAACGAUAGAUUUGGGGAUACCUUUUUUAAAAUUGGGACGUCAUAUCUUGGAAAUUCUGUUGAGAUAUCUAGAGACAAUGUAAGGUAAUUUUUCAGAAGCAAGAAACUGGAGUGCAAGAAAGAGAGAUGUCUAGUUGGACCUAAAAAAUACAAAGUGAUUGUUGCACAUUAAUAAGUUACAUAAUAUUAUAUAUAUAUAUAUCUCAGAAUAUUC